AUUUGGGGGACGGACCCAUCCAGGAAGUCAGUCGCGAACAUCGCGUUCUUCGUUGUGUACAUGCGUAACCGCGGUUUAUUAGCAGUGAAACUCAUGCCGAACUGAACAUUUGAGGUUAGUGGGCUUAUUUCUUUAAACGUUUGUAUAAAUUAUGGCACCAACAGUAACGGCAGCACAAAAAGUAGAUUAAUAUCUCACAUCUUAGUGAUAUUUUAUGAGCUGAGUUACUGAUACAACCAGCUAACGUUGACGACUUGCUAAUAAUGUCACAAUUUUUGAAUGGUACAUCUUUGAGAACCUAAAGAUAAACCCAGAAACCUAUAUUUACACAUAAGUCGCAGGUGAAAAUUGGAUAAAGUUUGAUUUAAUCUAUUGCUCGCAAUUCGACACUUUCCCCCUGAAACUUUUCUUAAGUUUUUGACGAGGCUUGCCUUUUAAAAACCUUAAAGUAUAUAAGUCCCCUUCAACUAUCAAACCGAUAACAUAAAUCUUUGUCCUGUCUGUGCAGGUAUCACUUGUAGCUGCUUGAGAUGGCUACCACGGAGAAAGAAACCCCGGCUAAGAAAGCUGCAGCUCCUUCUGUGUCUCAGAUCAACGCAGAAUAUGUCACUCAGGUAAAGCCUCUACCAAACUCACGUUUUCAGCUCUUUUUCAAUUUAGCUUUUAUCCAGAAAAUAGACAGACUGCCUAAUCUGCAGCCAUUAUUGUAUAUUUACUUAUUAUACAGUUAUAAGGCUGUUAUUGGAACCUAGAUUGUAUAAACUGUGUGUCAUUGUAAUAUACUUUAUACUAAGGCUGAGGGAUAUGGGAAAAAGUUUAUCAUGGUAUAUAUUUUUUUAUAUCAGUAAAUAUCGAAAUAUAUCACGAUACAAAAAAUGAAAUUUAACAGUGCUUAUUGGUCAAAUGUCUUUAGCAGUACAAUAAGCGACUGCAUCUUUGUGUCUUUGCGACGUGUUGUCGUAAGGCGUUGUUAGAGAAAGCCGACUGAAUGGUCAGCUGUUUUGGCUGUUUUGGCUGCACAGGUGCCACGGGCUCCUUGCUCCGCUCAGGGUUUGUAACCUUUUGCAUUGCUCAUGCUCUGCCAUGUUGCUCUCCUUCAGGUGGUGAAAAAGAUUUGAGGUAUCCCCCGACUUUGCAAGAACAUGUACUCGACAUAAUUUGCAGUGCACAUUACUCUGCUUCAUGUCUGACCUCAUAAAACCAAAAAACCUCCACACCACCGACGUUUUCGUGACAAUGUUGUUGACGAUGUCGUCAUCUUUUAAGCCGUCAUCUGCAUUUCUGCCAGGGGUAGCACUCAUUUUCCUGAUUUCUCAACGACAGUGCUGUCGGCUUCACGUGUUAAAAUGCUAUGGUUGCGUGUAGCUGCAGCCUGCUACUACACAGUUGUUUACUACUUGGUUCUUAUUCAGCACAUGAUUGGUUCAGCUUAAAGCGAACCAAAGCAACUCCCCUUUUCAUUGGCUGUUCGUAUAGUCUACCAAAACAUGGCAGAAUGCCGACUAUGGAAAAGCAUAUUGACCAUGUUUUAUAUUGAUAUUGAAGGAAAUUAAUUUUCGAUAUAUAUUGUUAUUGUUUUCUUGCCCAGCCCUACUUUAUACAUACAACUUAUCAGUGUGUGUUAUGGAGAAAACUGUAACUGCUAUUCAUGGCUGUUAGUGUGGAAGGCAUUAAAUCACAUGUAGAGGAGAAACAAAAACUUAAUCCUUGCUUUGGUGUUAUUAAAACCUGAUAAUGUAAAUACUGACCAAAAAACCACCCAAGUCUCUGGCAUCUUCUGUCAGUACAUGUUGUUAACCAGUUUUCUUGUUGUAUGAUCAUUCUGUCAUGUUUACCAAUAUGCUUUUCUCUUUUAUUCUUUCAGUUGGCUAAUAAAUAUUGGGCUCCUCAUGUGAAGAAUAAACUUCCCUUUGACCCCAAGGUGAGUAGUAUUUGUAGCUGAAUAUUAUUUGUAAUAUAAAUAUAACAUGCAAUGUUACACCGCUUUUGUUAGGUACUUAAAAAUUGGAUGAGGAUAUGUUUUUGUUGCUUGUUUAGGUGAUGGAAGAUAUUUACGACAAAGAGAUUCUCAAGUCAAAGUAAGUAGGCUAAUAUAAAACAUCUUAAACUAAAAAGUGCUUUUUCCUCAACUGGAUACACUCAACUCUUUUUACACCUCUUGUUUCACUGUUGUCUCUCUAUCAUGUUAUUAGAUUCGCCAUCAGAAAAAUUAUGCUGCUUGAGUUCAGGUAGGAAGCCCCACUCCUUCUUUUUAUUUAUUUGUACCUCGAGUAGAUAAACAACUUUGAGCUUAUCUGUAUGUUGCUAUCUCACCUCUCAGCCAGUAUCUUGAAAACUACCUGUGGGUAAACUACACUCCGGAGGUGUCCAGCAAUGCCUACCUCAUGUCCAUUUGUUGCAUCGUCAACGAGAAGUUUAGAGAAAAUGUUCCAGCGUGGGAGGUAAGAGAUACAUCAGCUUAUCUAAGUUAAACUUAUUUGUUUCUGUAUGGUAGCAACACAAUAUUAGUAUGAGUAGCUCAGAGAAUGUAAUUUCCCUUUCUCCCCUAUAACCAUACAAAUUAUUAUCUUUUUCUUUAUUUGCUGUUUAUUAGGUGUUCAAGAAGGAGCCCACCCACUUUCCAUUCUUCUUCAAAUGUGUGAUGGAGGCUGUGUUGGCAGGUGAGGACGCUGGCCUCACUCUAAAGGAGCAAACUGUGCUGUUGGUUUUCCUAGACCACUGUUUCAACAGUCUGGUAAGUACAGAUUUACUGAUUUUCACUGUCUUGACUCAGUGGAGAAAAACUGUGUGUGUGUGUGUGUAUGUGAUCUUAAAAUUCGACAGGAAGCGUGUUUCCACAGGGAGCACCUGGGGGUGUUUCAGCUCCGUCCUAGAAGUGUCUCCCUGCUCUGCUAAAGAUGCACGCCAAGUCUAUUUGGAGCCUUUUCAAGACGUAUCAAGCUAAACAGAGAACGUUGUAUAUCAUAUGUAUAAAUUUUCUUGUUUUUUUUAUAUAUUGAUCUGUGUCGAUAUUCAUGAUCGAUAUAUUGCUCAACUUCAAAAUAUGCUUAUCUGUAAUGCAUGUUAUACACAACAGGACCAUUUGUUAAUUUUGUCUGCAGGUAAUAGCACAACAAACUGGACAUAUUAAGAAUAGUAAACGCAUUUAAACCAGCAAAAACAAAACUUUGCAUUUAUGCUGUGUACUCAUCGAUGAAAAAAGUAUAAAAGUUUUGGAAAAAUAUACAAAUUAACACUAAGGUUAACCAAUUUCCGCGCCUGGGAGCCACAGUUCGACAUUUCUGUCUCUAAAUAUAAUCUGAAGGAUUUUGCUUUAACAUUAAUCCUCCUCUGCUCAACAGUGAUCAACAGUGUUUUAAUCUGGCUCUUUUCUUUUAAUGCAGUAUGUGUUUAAAUACCAUGUUGCAUGUUAACCAAUGAAAAAGUCAUUGAUUUCUCAUGACCACCAGGUGGCAGUAGCAGACUAGGCACUGCACCUUGGGUCAGUUCCCGCCCAUCUGUAACAUCCACAGCCGCAUUAAACCACAGGGAAGCACUGCAGAUGUCUCACUUAAAAAUCUGCUGUGAUAGCGCGCUGCACUUUGAUUGUAUCCUAUAAAGGCCUCUAAAUAUUUUAGCUGCAGACUUUUAUUAUGGGGGAAGUGUAAUAAAAAUCUGUCAUACACAGUGCCUUUUGACAACUCUCUCUCCCCCUCUCUUCACACCUCCCUCCUAGGAGGUAGAUUUGAUCAGAGAGCAGGUGCAGCAGCUCAUCUCUCUUCCAAUGUGGAUGUGCCUCCUACCAGUAAGAUACCAUCCUGUUAUCCUCACUAAGUUUCUCUGUUGAUUAUUGGUACCUCCUUACAUAAGAACAUUGUCUGAUAAUUUCUCCCUCUUUUCACUCCUUGAUGUGACUGUAAUGCUUGAAAAAAGAACUGUCUUUUUUUUUUUUCUUCCAUUUUCUGUCACGUUUACAGUCCAGACUCCAACACGAGCUGAAAAAAGUCCCAAAGCUGCAGAAGUUCUGGAAUCUAAUCAAGAAGAAAUUUGAUAAGAUGGAUGCUGACGCGGCUGAGCAGUAAUAACAUUUUCUAUGCUUGCGUGUUCAGAUCUAUAUAGACAAGAAAAUUAAGUUCUGCAUUUCACAAGUUUCUUAGCCUGCUUGAUUUGUUUUCUUUCAUUUUUCUUUUCCUCAGGGCAAAAAAAGAAAGGACUUUUCUCUCAGCUCUCAUUAAAAAGUUCCUUGGAGUUCUCGUGUCGAUCCCACCAUCAGGUAAACAGUGGGGGAAAACUAUGUCUUUAGGGAUUUCCCAAUGUUGUUGUGUUCAACAUGAAACUCCUUUGAAAGAAAUAAUCAUUUGAUCUUGGUCCCUUUUUCAUUCAAAAAGCAUAUCUCUUGUAUGGAUUGCUACUUGAAAUAUUGAGCAAAUUUAUGAGCUAGUAUGACUGUUUCUGUGACUUUGGCUCCAAAAGGAUGUCUUUGCAUGUGGCUCCUGUGUUCCCAUGCAUAGUUAAUGUCCUUGGACCUUUCCCGAGCAUGCAGAGUAUCAAAUAUCACUUAUGUGAAGUCUUGGGCCAUAUGCUUGAAUGAAAAAGGGCUUUUACCCCUUUUCACUUUUCCACUUGCACAUCUCUCCCUCCUCUUUUUUUUCCCUGAGUUGUGCAGAUGCCGAAGGAGCAUGUGCUCCAGCUGCCAUACAGCCACCGGCACUGACUACUGUGUUGUAAUGCAGGCCGACACGGAGGCCCCCCACCUGAAUGCUAAAAACAGAACAUGUGUAUUUGUGUGUUUAGGUAGAAUUCAAACCUGACAGAAUAGAUUACGCUCUAAAGCCCAGCAGGAUCAACAUCACUUUAAUACGUGCUGCAGUCUUCAACUUUUAGUGCGCACACACACUCGCACGCACCCAUACACACUUAGAUACUUAAUGAUGGCUGAGGACCCAGCAUGCCGCCGUGCUGGCGAUGCAGUGUCUCACCAUGACUCGCACAUACUCAGCAUGGCACCUUGGCGUUGUCCGUAUGUGUUUGCUGUCCUCUUAUCCACGGUGAUAACUAAUGAGCCUCCUUCCCUGAUAUAUCUCAUUGUUUCCAGACUAUUUUUGUUUAUGUAUGUAACAUAGAUUAUACAAUGACUAUUAAAUUUGAGUUUUCAUUCUCAAACUUUCCUAAUCUGAAGGAUGGAGUGCACCUCAUUCAUUACUUUCUUUCUUUCCCACAGAGUCUGUGUCCAUGGACAAGGUACAUUACUGCGAGAGAUUCAUCGAACUUAUGAUCGAUUUGGAAGUAAGACAAAUCUCAUUCAAAACAAUACAAUCUUUAACCAGUCCUUUAUAUUCCCUGUGGUUUUUUGAAGAAAGGAUAGCAGUAUUUUAAUUUUCACUUUCCUACCCAUGAUGUCCUAAAGAAGGGAGCAGUGUAGACAUCUGUUUCUGCAGACCUCAUUUGCCUUUUGUCCUUCACAUUUAUAGCCAGCUCAGGUCAGCAGACAGCAGUUAAAUGUUGAGUCUCAGCUCCCUCCAGUGCAUCUCUGUCACUGCUGUGUGCAGAGCAGUGCACUUUUUGAAACAGUAGCCUUUGAUAAGGAGAUGGAGAGUCAUUCUCAGGCCUACGUCGAUGUAUAGAAGUGAAAAAGUGGUGAUCUGAGACCCGUUGUAUUAUCAUCCACCUUUUUAUUUCACCUAUAAUAAUGUUUUGAAUGAAUUUUCAGAUGUCUCAUAUUUAGUUCUCUGUCAAUCUGCUGUGUGUAAAUGCUUUUAAAUGUGAGCUAAAUAUGUCAAAGGAGGAAUGCUCAGUAUCAGAGGUUAAGUGGAUGUUUUUAUAAUCUGAAUAAAAUCAGAUUUUGGUGUUGUAGUUUUUGUCAGAAGUCAUGGUCUGAAUGGAUUUGGGGAUCACAGAUUAAUACAGUUUUGGGGGCACAGCAGGGAAAAUUAAAGCUAAGAAAGCAUUUGCGGCUACAGUUUAACAUGCAACCCAGUCAUUUUUACUGUAAAAAGUCAUGCAAUCCAAAAUUUCAAGAGAAUGAGAGAGACGGUUAAAUACCACAGAGUUAAUCCAGGCUGGUGAUAAGACUGCAGCUUUCAGUAUGAAGGCAGCAAACACAAACUGACUCUAAUGCACAUGUGAGGACACAUUUUAGGAGGAAUAAAUACUACAUGCUUCAACCAGAGUGCAGUUAUAUCUUAGUAUCAUUAAUCGUCAAUAUAUGCCAAUCAUAUUUUAUAUUCAUAUAAGAUGAAUGGCAUGGUUCAAAUCUUCAUUGACAAGCUAUUUUCCUGUGUGACCAUCCUUAUUGUCCUGGAAGACUACUUAGUUAAGGCAAAUUUAACUGUAACAGCUGUCCACCGAGACUAGCGUACUGAACCGACUUACAACAAUUGGUGGAAAAAAACUGGUGUACAACCGGAGCUUGUUUUGUUUUUAUGUUUCUGCAAGUAGUCAAUGUCAAAAGGCUUCUCCAUAAAUCAAGGGUCCUGUAAUGAAUGUGUUAAAAAGCGAAAGUGUUCCAUCACUUUGCUACUUUGUUGAUGAUCAUCAUCGAGGUUAAUUUUAAGGAAAUCGUUAAAGACAAAUAGUAUUUGACUCAGGACUUUCAGAUAGGCACACUUGCCAAUGAGGUUGUCCAUCUGAGUGAAGACACAAUGUCACAUUAGAGACCCCCUCUUGCUGCCUGUGCAGAUCUCCUGUUACUAGCGAGGAAGUUCAAUAGAUUUCAUCUGGCUGCCUGCUGACAGGCCGGCCUUGCUGUUCCUGGCAGCGGCCAGUGGCCGGCCAGCUGAUGGUCUCUGGAGACAUCUCCUGUUCUCCAUCCCUAUCCUUUUACAGAGUCUCAUACUCCUGAAAUCCAUACUUCUCCCUCUCUGUUGACAACCAGAAAAUUAAUGCAGGGAGAAAAAGAUCCCUGAUUUUCAUGCCUGUUUCACGCUGCCUGUCAGAACUGUGUUGAGAUCAAAGAUGGCUGCUGGAUAUAAAGGAAUCUGUUAUCCCUAUAUAGGAACCACUUGCUGCACCUGCUGUCUUUGAAGAGCAGUUUCCUGUGAAUAGAAUAAUACAUAUUUCAUCACGUUGGUGUUUUGCAAUUUAGUAUUCCAUUUCAUAUUAACAAUGCAACCUUUUCUGCAGGAAGAUUUUCUCUUUCAGCCUUUAAAAUAUGAUUGAACUCUUGUUUUUUUUUUCUUCUAUACACAACCCAUUGUGUCUUGCAGGCUGUCAGAUUAUAAACAUGUUCAGGAUUGCUUUUCCAUAGUUCUACCAAAGCAGCCCUGCUAUCUGGUUUUGACAGGUUUUCUCUGUGCUGCCGUCAUGUCAUGUUUAGGUGCUGCAACAAGCAAAUUAUCAAGAGCAGUAGAAGACAAGCCCAAUUUCGUUCCCUUUCUUACCCUCAUUUCGCUGUCAGUUUUCUGUUGCUGCCUGAGCAUGUGUUUCAAAACAACCCAAAGACAUAAAAAGACCACCGAUCAAUAUUAUGUAUAGACAGUUGUGGUCCAGAUGCUGGGAAAUGCAGCUAUUCAUGAGUGAAUUGAUUCUUGUGACCCUUGAGGGGUGUUUGAUCACGUUCUUUUUAUGAACAAGAAGGAGGAGUAAACAUGUUUUGAGAGAAGUUGAAGGUUGUGAUGUAGCUAUGAAGGUGGCUAAACAUGUUGCUUUGUGUGUCUAGGCCCUUCUGCCCACCAGGCGUUGGUUCAACACCGUGUUAGACGACUCUCAUCUGGUGGUCAGCUGCCACCUGUCCAGCCUCACCGCAAGGGAGAAGGAGGGUCACCUCUUCUGCCAGGUACCAAACUCGAGAACAGGAGUAUGCACGCACAAUUCAAAUGAUCCAACUGGUCUCAGUUCUGUUUAUACUCUAUCCCAUCCCAUCUCAUCACUGCAGUUGCUGGACAUGCUGAAGUUCUACACAGGCUUUGAGAUCAGUGACCAGACAGGAAAUGCCCUGACUGAGAAGGAGAUGACAACUCUGCACUAUGACAGAAUCACCUCCCUGCAGGUAAAGACUCGACAUGCAGGCGGUCAGAGACGUAGUUUCUUCUUCAUAGACAUUUUUUUAGGUAUUAUUGUGCAUCUGGUGUAUUUCUCUUAUUAUUUUAUUAUUUUUCAGAAUUUUUGAGUUGCAUGUAAGUACUUCACACUGUAUGAAUUUUGACAUCAGUCUGAGUCGUCCUCAUUGUUGUUUCUGUCUUGCAGAGAGCAGCUUUCGCUCAUUUCCCAGAGUUACAAGACUUUGCUCUGUCCAAUGUAGCAGCGGUGGACACUCGAGAGUCUCUCACCAAACACUUUGGGCAUCUCAGGUAAAUCAAAACAUCCAGAAUGAAUCGGUGCUCUUGCAAGUUUUGGUGCACAGAUGGAGGGGUGCUGCAGGAGGGCAAGCAUGGCUGGACUUGAGUAUAUUGAAUGUGAACGGUUCAUUCUCAGAUGCUCUUGCACCAUUGCGUUAUCCAGGCUACCCCUCUAUGACUUCAGUGUCGAUGUACCAACUGCGUGGAGAUGGCUUAACCCUUCUGUCUCACGGACUAGUGCUUACAGUAUUUUCUCCACUUCCAGCACAAGCUCUCAUGCAGACUCUCUUUGUUUUAGUAUAGCCUCAGCAGCACCGUUGCUGCCUGACUUCCCUGCUAAAUGGCAGCUAGCGAGCCCUUGAAACAGGCAGCUGGUACCAGCCAGAGAGAGAGGCACGCCUCAUUAAUUUAAUCGAUUUGCAGUGGCUUGAGAAUAAACUCUUUGAACAGCUGUGUUUGUCAGAUCAUAUUAGCUUGCCAAAGAGCCAAAAGCACCCACGCUUUGACGAAUGGCCUGUGUGUGGUUUUUUUAGCUUGUACACAUGUACGGAGACAGAGGGAAAGCAUUGAUUUGUUUGCGAUUUGUAAUUACUCCAGGGUUUAUAACCUUACUUGGCAUUUGACAUCCGAAUAAAAAUGUUGAAAUCGUUGACCCAAGCUUGGAGGAGGUCAUUAAACAUUGUUGUUUUUCACCCUUGAACUCAUCACCUGUUGGAAGAUUCUUUGUCCACCAUGAUUGCUUUAAGGUGCCAUGUUGGGAAAACAUGAAUUUCCUCAUUGCAGUAGAUUUUUGUAUAUUCAUCAUCACCUCUUUUUAACUUCUGAAGUGGAUUAUAAAUGCUUAAAACCCACUCUGAGUUUCUUUGAGUCAGGCAGAGGGUUAUGAGCCGAGCUGAGCUGAAUCAGGUACAGACUUAGCUGAACCAUUUCAUGUUUUUCUAGAAGCUCUGCUCUUUCCCUCAGAAUUAGGGUUUUGAAUAUAGCGGCAACCGCAUUGUUCCCUGCUCUGAACUGUCAUCGGAGCAGCUCCUGGGUAACUCUGAAUAUGCCGAUCAGAUUUAACGAGGCACUUUUCAUCCAAACAACUCACGCUAAUGCCAGUUUAUUCCAGCUGUGCUACCCACAGGCUAAGCUCCCAGUCACCCGCCGCUCUGAAUUUAUCCGCUAAGUCCCCAAAACACACGAACGCAGCAUUAUUGCAUAGCCUGCCCGCACAUAUACGCACCCAUUCUUCCUCACUCACACACACACACACUCACACACACACACACACUCAGACUCCUCUCAGUUACAUAAAACGUGCAGGGUGUCAUUUCAGGACAAGUAAUGAGCUGACUAAAAGAUAAAAAGGUGUGCAAGAAAUUCUCGCAAAAACUGAAGGAAAGCAUCACUACUGGAGAUGUCAAAAUAAUUGGUGUAAUUAGCUCUGCGGAUUAGUUUCUUAGCGUGCGCUUGUCAUCGCAAAGGAUGUUAAGAUUUUAUCAAUUUCGCUUCCUUUUGAAUGUUUUCAGAAUAAUAAAUGACUAUGGGUGAAAAGAUACUUAAAAAACUGAAGCGAAAUCCAACUUUUAAGAGGUUUAGACUGUUUUAGUUUGAUAUCCUUUUUGUUACAUUUUAACCUGAAAUGUGACUUUUUUGUUGUCUUAUUUUGUGAUUGUGUCUAACUAGCUUGCAAAAUACAAGUAAACAUAUUUGUUGAAGAUUUGGUGACAUGUUAUCUUUAAAAACUGAUUAUGUAAGUGGACAAGAAAGACUGAAGUCAACUUACAGCAAACCAGUUCCUCUUCAAUCCUUAUCCUUACCUUACUCUGCCAGGAGCUCAGCUGUCAGUCAUGACCUGGUCCAGUCAUCGUUAUUACUCAGAGUGAGUUGCUGUGCUGUGUUUAUUUUGUUGCUAAGGGAAGAAAUGCCCACAUGACCAGUGCCAGGUCAUCCACCGGGCUACCAGACUGCAACAUUGGCAGAAUUGCCACCCCACUGCCCAAGCAGGGGCGUCACGAGAAGCAAAUUGCAUGCAUAGACACGGUUACAGUCAGUCAGCACCACGUGUGGCUGUCCAUGCUUGUCACAAUGUGUCCAGGCCCUGUCCUUCGCUGUGUACAGGACCCUGCCUUUGUCACAGUGUGUCAACCUGAUUAAAACAGGUCUGUAUGCACAGAGCCAUGCCUCAGCUCUCUGAGACGAAGAUGUGCUUUGAUUUUCAUAAUCCUGUCGCAUCAGUGCAUCCCGGCCCCUUAACACACACAUGCUGACAGCGCAGGAGUGCAGUGUCAAAGCAAACAGAGCUAUUGCUUUGUGCUGCAGUGCUAACAAGCACAGAGAAUUUGACAAGGCUGUGUAUCUUCACACAUAAAGUGGUGUGCCGUUGUUAUUUGAAAAAUCCUCUCAGAAGAAAGGUUGUGUCCCAGAAAAGAAGCUGGACCUGCAUGUUAUUUCUUUUUGCAGAUGCAAUGCACCUGAGUAAUGAUAUGGCUAUGCCCUUUUAUCUCUAUGAUAGUAGUAGACAUCAGCUUGUCCUUUAUAAUAUCAGAAUCUUAACUGUCAUAGUUCUUACUAAUUAUUGGGUUUAAUUAUUCUCAGCUGAUUUUCAUCCAUGCUCUAAAUAAGAUAAUGUGUUUUUAGCAAAACCAAUUUUUUAGCUGACUAACCACUGUUCUCAUCUUCUCUGCAGUCCUAACACGCUCCACCGGGUGGCCUCGUACCUGUGUCUGCUGCCAGAGCUGCCUGAAGGCCAAGAUACCACCUAUGAGAAGCAGGUUCUGCUUGAGCUGCUGGUAAGCACAGCCAUGGCUUUUGUUAUCCUCUUACAUCAUUUAAGACUGUGGACUCAGUGAGAGCUUUUCAUGAAAAUCAAAGUUUCAUCUCAUGAUAGAAUUUUGAACAGAAAUCCAGACAGGUUAAGUGGAUUCAUUUCUUAAAAUUAGCAACAUAAUUAAUAUAUAUUCAAUUAAAUGUGAUUCCAUACCAGACAGUACACAAAGUUUGACACAUUUAGAUUGAUUGGAUAAAACAUAUUAAGCUGUACGAGGGAAAAAUGUCACUCUAGAGAAGAUGUGUUAAGGUAUUGUUUCACCUCCAUAAACCGUUUUGUGGGACAUUUACUGUCAGGUCAGCUGUUCCACACUUCAUGCUUUGUGUUUCCUCAUUUUAAAGUCAUUUACUGGACCUUGACCUUGGUUUAAACACAGUUUCCUCUCGUCACUACCCGUCCCCCCUGAAUUUGCCUUCUAAUCCAAUUACUGCGACUAAGAGUAAAUCGAACACAUUGUUGAUGAGAUAAAUCUGCCAUUUCCCCCCUUUUUUCUGGUGUCUUCAAAAAGGCUACGGCUUGUUUGAUUGUGCCCCCAAAUGCCCCUUUCCAGCAAUUUCACAAUUUUCUUUCUUUAAACUCCUCCAGCCAAUGACUGGACCCUUGUCUUACUAGCCACCCCCAUACACACUCACACAUAUGCUGUAGACCUCUUCAUCAAAGUGGGUGUUUCAAGGCCGUCCAAUGGUUAUUCAUAAUUACCCACUCAGACCCUCCCCAGGUCCUCUGCAAGAAGCGAUGGAGAAGAGCUGUUUCAUAAUCAUCUGAUUAGCUGAAUGCAGGAGACAAUGUCAGGGGACUCAUUUGUUUGCGCCUGAGGUUGCCCCCAACAACCAACAUGUCUGACCAUGUAAAGUUAAUGGGAUAGGCCCCCAGGACUAAAAUCUACCACAUGGUAGCAAAAUAAUCAUGUUGCUGUAGAGAACCUUCUCAUAAAUAUGCUGCGGGAUGGGGAACAAUACUUUUAGGGGGCUAUUAUGCUGCUAUAUCAGUGUAAACAAGGUAAGUUUGAGUUGUUUACUACCUUUGGCAGAGCAUGUGAGGUGGUUUGUACUCCUGGGUAGAUAUCACAUUUCUUGAAAUACUAAAUUUUCUACCUCUUUUUUUUUUCCAGAGCACUCAAAAUACAAUCUCACAAUGGUUUAGUUAAUGUCCCCAAAAUCUUAGCUUACAGGAACAAGCAUCACAGAUCAGUGCAUUAUAUCAUAGAGAUUCUGAAGAGUGGACUUGAUGCUCCAUUUCGAUAAAGCAUGUAUGAAUACAAAUAUUUUUAGACAGUUGAUCAGAGAAAUAAACAUCUGCAUGUGAAAAACAACUGAAGUAUAGAGCGACUGCGUCUUUUCUUGAAUACUCCAGUGUCCCCUGCCUCUCGUCUCACUUGUAUUUUACCUAGAAAGUCUUUGGAAACAGCAGACUCUACAGUUGAUAUGGGAAGCAUGUCUUCAACAAUAUGUACGUCGCAAUCGUACUUUCAGGCCUACCUGUUUUACCCAUGUAGCUGGUAGGGGUGAGAGAAAAAUCGAUUCAGCAUAGUAUCACAAUAUUCUGUCUGGUGAUAUAUCAUUUCGUCUCGUUAACAAAGUACCAAUUUUUCAAAUUAAUUGUUAAUAUGAAGUCGAAUGUAUGAUCAUAGGAAAAUAAAAUCAACUGUUUGUCCAGUGAGGUUGGCAGAGGUGACAUCAUAGGGCAGGAGAACAAAUAUAUAUAAGAUUUGCAAGAUGUGCUACAGGAAAAUAAAAUACAUAAAUAAGGCAAACAUAAAGGAAAGACAAAUGUAUAAAUCGCAAUAUAUUGUAUCGCAACACUCACUGUAUUGCAAAAUGUUAAAACUCGCAAUAAUAUUGUAUCAUGGCCCAUGUAUCAUGAUAAUAUCGUAUCAUGGGGUCACUACUGAUUCCCACCCCUAGUAGCAGACCAGUUGAGCCUUGGCUGUUUGGGUGGAGGCUUUGGUGACUUUACCUAGGUUUGCUGGGUCAGCGGCAUAUGCAGCACUGGACUCUCUGGCAACCAGCAUAGGAGGAGCAUCUUGAUAGGAACUCUAUGAAAUGAGAAUGACAAGACUUAGCAGUGGACAGUUUUUCUUCUGCACAUAGACUCCAACUUACUGAUUUACCAUAAAACAGUACUAAUGAGGGGGAUUUUUGAUGGAUAUUCAGUCCCUACAGAUUAAUAUACGUAAACAAUAUGAUGUCUCACUUUGAAGCUGUCGUUGUGAGUGUUAUGAAAGGUUUGAUGAGUGUCCUGGAUUGGUAUUCUUUUCCUUUGUUUGCCUCUUUGUCUUCUUUGAUAAGGAGUUCCUUUUUUUUCCACUCAAACACUUCUCUCAUCUCUUGUGCCUUGUCCUCACUUUCCCUCUUCGCUCACACACACAGGUGUCUCGCCACGAGCGCAGAAUCUCUCAGAUUGAGCAACUUAACCAGAUGCCCCUUUACCCGACAGAGAAGAUAAUCUGGGAUGAGAACAUCGUCCCGACAGAGUACUACUCAGGGGAAGGUGCGUGUUGCAUGAGCGAAUUGUGAUUGUCUCUCUCUGUGUGAGUUAAUGUGCGCUGGAGCAGAUUUUAAUUCUAAUUUCUGUGUCUAGACUUGUCUUAGCCUCAUAAGUAUAUACACUCUCACCUGUUAUCUGCUACCCUGAGGGCACUCAUCUGGCGCUGCAGCGGCAUCUCACUCUGAGGGAAUCCUCUUAAGUUUGCAAGGACACCUUAAACAGCUCUCACACCACUUUUCAUUCAAGCUACAACCUUUGAGCAAAUUAUACUAAAGCUGUAACAGGUAGACAUUAAGCAGAGAGGAGGUACAACAGAUAGCUUAUGUAGCUUUGUCCUCGCUAACCUUUUCAAAUCAUGUUGUGAUAAUAACUGUUUUGUGUAACAUAUUUACCAACACAGUGCACACUUGUUUGUCUUUUUUCAGGCUGCCUGGCUUUACCCAAGCUAAACCUCCAAUUCCUGACACUUCACGACUACCUGUUGAGGAACUUCAAUCUUUUCCGUUUGGAGUCCACCUAUGAGAUCAGACAGGACAUCGAGGAUGUGGUGUGGCGUAUGAAACCAUGGUGAGAUGUCUACAAUUCUGCAAAAUUUAAAGAAACUUGAUUCAGAAUCUUUCUUUUCUUUCCUGGUAUGAAAAUUUCUGAGACCACCCCUGUACUGAUCAAAACUUUACUGGCAGGAAUAACAACAAAUACGAGUAUUUAACUGUUUCUGCUUUAGAUUAACCCCAUUAAGUAUUUACCGUAUUUUUCGCACUAUAAGACGCACUUGAUUAUAAUGCACACCAUCAAUGAACGCAUCUAUUUUCAUAUAUAAGCCGCACCGGAUUAUAAAGCGCAUUAAGCCAAACAAAACAGUCACAUAAGUCAAACUCUAUUGAACUCAUUUAAUAACUCCGCAAGGCUACGGUAGCUGCAGAGAUCCGACAACCCAAAAGGAUUUUAAAUGGGCCUUAUAGUGCGAAAAAUACGGUAUUUGAUUGCUAUCUUGAAUAAACAAGUUUAUAAACAGGAUCUUGUGCUGACCACAAUCUUCUUAUGUGACACAGUUUGUACAUCAUCACAGACUUUAUUAUUUGUUUUGCACGCUCUGUAAAAGUUUCUGUUUCUCUGAUCAGUCCAUUUUAUCCAAUAAACUCAACCGAUUCUGAGUUGUGAAGGAAACCCCCACACCUAGUCCCUGAUUUACUUUUCCGCCAAAGUAGAAGCAAUUUCUAGAGUUGAGUUAGCUCUCGGCUAACUUUGUCUUUUUACUUCAAUAAAUGAAGAUUCUCAUCCUCUGUGUAGCACUCAGAUGAUAGCAUAGCACUAUGAUAAUCUUUUAUUCAAAGACUGUGACAUUUGGCACACCACAUUUGGAAACCCAUUCCUUAACAUAAUAAGUGCUCCCAUUAUGUCAAGUGAUGUUGCAGCUUGCUUGUUGUUUUGUGAAAAUGUAAAUAAGUAAGCAGUAGUGCCAUGUGCCGCCCAAAACCCAACUGAUUUCAAUCUUGACAACAGCCAGCAGCGCUUGUCUGACUUAUUGCUGUGUGUCUGUCUGCACAGGCAGUCCGAGUACGGGGGUGUGGUGUUUGGGGGCUGGGCCAGGAUGGCUCAGACCAUCACCUCUUUUUCCAUUGUUGAAGUUGCCAAGCCAAACAUCGGAGAGAGCUGGCCUGCCCGUGUCCGAGCUGACGUCACUGUUAACCUCAAUGUACAAGACCAUAUCAAGCAUGAAUGGGAAGGUAAUGUUUGUUUCUGUGCAUCGUAACAUUUUGAGAAAUUGAAUUAUCGCCAAUUGAGUUUUCCUACUCCCCUCUCUGUUUAGCUGUAAUACCCUUUAUUUUUUCCUUAGUCUCCUCUUUUUGUGUCUCCUCCGAGUAAGUGGUUUAUAACCUCCAUAAAGUCUUCCCUGAUCGCUUCCAUCCCACUGAGCCUUGACUCAUGACCCGCUUCAUGUUUAAAAGACAUGCUUUGUCUGUGUAUCUACCACUGGAUUCCUUCUUCUGAAAUUCUCUGUUCAUUUUUCUUUCUGUCGCUCUUGUCAGAUGCUGGGAGUGAUAAGAGCGCAGUAGAUAAUGUUAACAGAAGCUCGUCAGCCCUGGAAGACAUUGAUUCACUGGGAACACAGAACGCACAAUGAAGCCCUCGGCAGGCUGAAUGCUGUAGCUCUCAAGAGGAACAUACAGGACACACUCACAUGCCAAUGUAUGCCAUUGGUGUAAUGGGCUUAUUAAUAUAGAAAUGAAUGGGCUCUUUCAGCUGCAGAGAUGUAGAACCAGAGGAAUGAUCACUGGGUUUUGUAAAAAGAAAAUUUAAUAUAUCCCAAAUUGAUGUCCUCACUUUUUCUUUCAUAUCCACUUUUAUGGUUUUCCUUUUUUCCUUGUAAUUCAGCAGAGAUAUGAAGUAUUACUUCCUUCCAUCCACUAGCCGUUUCCCCAAAGUGUAAUUAGAGCCUCAUGUUUUAAAGAUCAGGCAAAAGCUGACAGAGCGGUUUUGCUCACAUCUCCAAAUCCCGGCACACUACUUCUCUGUCUCACUCCUCCGUCACCUCUCCUAAUCCCUGUGCUUUCCUCUAUCAUGCUCUGUCCCUCUUUUUCUGUUUCCCUCUCUUUCCUGUCUCGUGAAACCUUUCUUUUCUUCUCUUCCGCUCUAAUCCCUCUCUCUACCCCUUUCAGGGCUGCGGAAACACGACGUUUGCUUUCUGAUCACGGUGCGGCCCAACCUGCCCUAUGGCACACGUUUUGACCGCCGCCAGCCUUUCGUGGAGCAAACUGGCCUGGUGUACGUGAGAGGCUGCGAGGUGCAGGGCAUGCUGGAUGAUAAGGGACGUGUCAUUGAAGAAGGUAGGCUCGCACACACCAGUGAAACAUGACAUCCAUCCACCCGUCAUAACUCCUACACACAAUCAUCCCCGAAGACAGGCCUGCAGAGGAGGGUCAGGUGAGGGUUGUCAUAGUGAUAGUCAUAGUGAGACCUGACCUGUUCACAUUAACAUUCCAUUAACCUGAGGCCAGCAGCAGCACCUGGGAGCUGUGGGCCCUGCCCCCUGCUUUAUUUAUCGGAUAUAACUGGAGGGCUGCCUCGGCUAGAAUUGGAUAGAUGAGCUUCUGUAAGAGAACACCCAAUGUGCCUGUCCUGCAGGAUAAAGUCAUGCAUCAUCAGGGUUUGUCCUGACUAAGAUUGAGACGCUUGGAUGUGACAAUAUACAAUAGUAAGCACGAACAGUACAAACACUGUACAAUAAUGUCAAGCACGUCAUUUUAUUAUAAAUGAUUUGACAGUGUUAUCUUGCUGAGAAUACCUUGAAAUAAAAUCUUUCAUUUAACGGGGUAGUUUAUGUUAAACUAAAAUGAAAACGACUUCUUCUGGUUGACAGCAACACUUUUACUUCAGUCCACCAAAAGCACACAAGAAAUACAACAGCUUCCAUAAAGAACUGCAUACCCCUGCUUACAUUCGCAGCUUCCUCUUUAGGGUUUUUCACAAUAAGAGUACCCAACAGAGCAUAAUUAAUUGAGACUUAACAGUUAGUUGGAUUAAUUAAGGAACUAUUCAAAUGAAUGCUCUCAAUUUAUACAGAGGUGUCAUAGUCUUAUUUGUGUCACUAUUACUCAUGUGUUUAAACUCUUAAACUGAUAAACUGAGGGAAUGACAAAGUUACAUUUCACUUCAGUUUCAUGUUUGACUGUAAAGUUGAAAUUUUAACACAUUAGCAGCAAGUGAACACAGUAAAUAACCUCAAAUAGAGACACUAAAUAAGACACAACCAAAGUCUAAAUCAUAUUUGUAAGAUAAUGUAGAAAAGGCUUGAAUCAAGGAACCAGUAAUAACCAGAAUGCAGGAAAAGAAAUGGGAGGCAAAACCAAAUCUGUGCUCCCCAUGUCCAGUCAAAAUCAUGUGUCUCUUUUAUUGACAGUAGUCCAUAUCACCUAGUGGUUUGUCCUCUAUCAACUGCGUGUCUGUAAAAUAUUUCAUGGGACAAAUAAAACGUUAUCGAUCUUUUGGUUUAAAGCGGAUUCCCGUAUAACGAGAAACAGGGGGUGCAGCAGUGGGUGAGAAAGCGGAUGAGUAGAUUAAGAGAAAAAAACUGUAUCAAGACAACAAAACUAGAAUGCAAAUGUCCAAGUGCUCUCAAUGUUGUCACAUUUAAAAGCAAAACAAUCCAAGCUAUAGAGAGUUGUACGAAGUUUCUCUCUGCAGGAGAAACCUCUGAGUAUGCAAGAAUUGUUCUCUUCUUUCUCCAAAAGAUGGCAUUGAAAGCAACAAUCCUUUGUACCAUUUAACAGAUAUAACCUCGGCUUAUAUUUGUAAGUUGUUUUUUAUUGGUAAAAGAACUGAACAGAUUUGUUGUGGUCCAAAAAACAGACUUUCAGAGCUUCUUUUUAUUAUAUGUCUGCACGGAGGAAUUCCUCCUGGACAAAAUUCAAAUCUCUGGUGUUUUCCCUGAAAAUUUGAUACGCUUAAACAGUAACAGGAUGUCCUCCUCAUCUGUGUCAUGUUUCUCCCACAGCCAGUAGUAUCCCCUCAGAGGGAUGAGUUCACCUGGGUUAGCUUGUAGUCAUUGUAGUAAGUGGUUCCCUCUGUCUAUGCUCUGAAGCACCCACUCCCCUCCCCUCCUUCGUCUGGUCAGAUUAAAUUUAAAGGGGGCAGGUCAUACUAAAUAAACAUGCUGCCAGGGAACAUGCUCUGCCAAUGUCGGCUUGGUUAAAAUUUCAGAUUGCCAACAGGGGCUUAGUGGUACCCUAGUUGACUGGGUGAGGGGGUGAUGUCGCAUAAAUCACCCGGCACUUGGUGGAGGUGAGAGGAUACACAAGCUGAGGGGUGGAUUUUGAGACAGUAGUGUUGCUGUUCCACACAGUAAAAUCUUGUUUUAAGUGGAAUUGACUUGUAUUAUACUGGUAGUUUCUCCACUAGGUACUGAAUAUUUAUAUAAAUUCUGAUUAAGAGAUGAAUCAUUUGAGAGUUUAAUGGACAAAUGCAUUGCAACUCAGUUUCACUGUACUUAUUCUUUCAUGUUUGCUUUGCUGAUCCUUCGCAUGCUAUUAAUACUCCAAAUUUUCACACCAUGUGAUGUAUAAAGGUUUAUCUCAUCUCUUAUUUCUAAAUCAUGUAAUGAUUUAUCUCUACCUUCAUAUAAUUAACAGUUUAAUACAAUGGCAGCUAUUUUGACAACUCACACACCUUACCCAGCUGUUCACAUUUCAAUGUCAUGGUGCUCGGAGUAGAGCCUUCAAUCUAAAGCUUCCACCACACUCAUUUUAGCAUGGGGGGAUUUGUUGAUCCCCACAUAGCUGUAGACAAGAACCCACAGACGACAGACAUGGGUGGGCACACACAAUAUAGGCCAACAGGAUUGAGUUUCACUCCUAUGGUCUGUGCCAUGCAGGUCCAUACAAGGAUCUAUUUAGACAUCUGUCAGAGCUUCACCACCGCCUGUCAGUCAAGCAUCUACGUAUUAUUCCUAAGAGUAGAGUGGCAAGAUAAGCAAGGAGCAUUAUGAGCAAAAUCUGUUUAAGUAGAUGAUCUGUUCCUCCGAAGCUUUUUGUUUGAAACUUUUCUCAAAAUUGUAAAAACUUUGUCGGAAAGAAGUUGAAAUGUUACUGAACUUGAGAUGCCGUCAUAAUUACAUCUUUUUAAUAACAACCAUUUUCCCAAACGCUCCUGUCCAGGACCUGAACCAAAGCCGAAGCUGCGAGGAGAUGUCAGAACCUUCCGCGUGUGGCUGGACCCAAACCAGUACCAACAAGAUAUGACGAGCAGCAUUCAGAGUGGCACUGAAGACCCCUAUGAGACUUUCAACAUCAUCAUGAGACGCAAACCCAAGGAGAACAAUUUCAAGGUUUGGAUUACACCAGAUCAGCCCUUUACUGUAGAUUGUUUUAGUGUGCUUUAUUUGCAGGCCUUGAGCUCUUGUCCCACUAUUACCACCCUAGAAUGAUGCAUCUCACAUAUUAUGCUCUCUUGGGUAAUGCAGCUGUAAGGUUGGGGCCAGGGCAACUCUGAGAUUACCACCCACUCAAGGCCUUCCCAGUGAUCGCAGUGAGAGACACUUCUCAUUGGAUAUUCAUGUGACAUGUACCCCCUCCUCACUCUCACCUCCAAGAAUCUCUUUGUGGCAGCAAACCAGCAUUGUGUGCUGUUGUAUUGUCAUGUUGUUUUAUUGAUUUGCAGGACUCCACAUCAGAACUCUGCACUGUUUCUCUCAAAUAUAUCAGUAGUUUUAAGGUCAUAAAGAAGUUUUCCAUGGAAGUUUGCAAAACUACCAUUUCUAGUUUGUUUCACUUCGUUCAUUUUUGUAUUUUUGUUUACAUGUGCGUGUGUCUCCUUUUUUUUAUUUUUUGAUAAAUUCAUCACAUAAUUUAUUCAAGAGCUUGUCAUUCCCUCUAUGUCAAAUCUGUUUUUCUGAAUCUGCAUACCCAUUUCUGUCUUUUAGAGCCUGAGCGGAGACAGACGAUUUUGAAGUGUUUCCUUUUUUUAUAAUGAAUCUGAAAAGUGCAGGAACUAAUGGGUAUUCAGGAAACAUUCCCCUCCCUCUUUGAUGUGGGACUAAGAUAAAAGUAAACAUGUCUCCUUUCCCAAUGUUUGAUGCUCAGGGUAUUAGACAGGUUGCAGCUCAUUAAAAUAUAAUUGACAGACAUACAAAUUACCUGCUGUCCCUCCAGCCCACAACAAAGCUAUUCAUAUCCAACCAAACCCCCCCAUGUGGGAUUGAUGUCUGUAGUAUGAUAUGAUUUAUUCACUUGGAUACUUGGUUCAGUCUCUGUUACAUACUUCUCUGUCUCUCUGCUUUAGGCUGUGCUAGAGACCAUCAGAAACCUGAUGAACACAGAGUGCGUGGUCCCAGACUGGCUUCAUGACAUCAUCCUCGGCUAUGGCGACCCAGGCAGUGCGCACUACUCCAAAAUGCCGAACCAGAUCUCCACGUUGGACUUCAAUGACACCUUUCUGUCCCUGGACCAUCUACGAUCAUGUUUCCCAGGUUACACCAUUAAAGUCACAGAGGAGGAUCCUAAACUGCAGGUCUCCCCUUUCAGGUGAAAACGAAUUAAUCGACUGAUAAAGUGUUCUUGAGGUUGAUUUGCCUGAAUUACAAUAAAUGUAAAGAUGAAAUACGGCAACAAAUUUUAAUAUUACAAUAUCCUUGUUAAGGUCAUAGUAAUAUCUAUUUUCUUUUAUGUCGUUUAUUCCACAGAAUCAAGUUUCCCAUCUCAAAUAAAACAGAAAAAGGAAAGAAGAGGAAGGCUGAUGAAGAAGAGGAAAAGAAAGAGGAAGAUAUGACCCUGAUUGUUGAGCCGUAUGUCACCCCCAACCGUGGGCCGUACCCCUACAAUCAGCCCAAACGGUAAGAGGUCAUGGCCUACAGCCAUUACAGUGGGUUUUUGGUGUCAUAUUGUUUCCAUAUCAAAGACACAUAAAACUACUAAUAUUGAAUGGUACACAGGCAGGAGUUGGUUACAUAUUAUAGGUACCCCUCCAUGAUUUUCUGUGCUUGUGUCCAUGGUAUCUCCUUUGACAUAUUCACCGUAUGUUGUUGUGUUACUCAUUUAGUUGUUGUUAUGGUUGACAGUUUGAAUAUAACCAGAAUUAUAAAAGCACCCAAUAAAUGCCCUUCAUGAGAUUCUCACGGUAAUCUGGGAGAGUAUUAGCCUUCCCAGUUUGCACUUUGAUAUUUAAAUCUUGAUAACAACAACAUGUCCUCGGGGAAGCCCCCAGUUUGGGAAUCUUAACAGAUGGUCACAAACAAAAAAAAGCAGCGCUCAUCCCCUCUUUCUUUUUCAGCUCAUCAAAACAAGCGUGUUUAUCCGUCACGGUUAUUAGGUAGUUUUAAUUUACUCCUGCAAUGUAACUUUCUUACAGGAACACCAUUCAGUUCACACCCACUCAGAUUGAAGCCAUUCGAGCAGGGAUGCAGCCGGGGCUCACCAUGGUAAGGACUCUAUGUUUCUCCCGUAAUCUUCAAGACUCAGAAAGACAAUCAGGACCAUAUAGGUGUUGUAUUUGAAUAGAAAUUGCAACAUCACAUCUGACUCAAAUGAAGUCUAAUACCACACAGUCUUAGGUUGCAUUGUGAUUUUAUUACUUUAAGCUUUUUGUCAGCCCUGUGAGUGCUGAUACUGCAAGUGCAUUCUGCUCCCUUAUAAAGUCAAGAUUUGCCAGCGUUAAUCUGAGUGAUGGGCACCGAGGGGAUUCCUACCCAGUAAAUAUAUUUCUGUUAAGUGUCCUUUUCUCCAUAACUCAUAGAGUGAUGACAUAUAACCCUGAAACCCUCUCUGUAAUUUUGCCCUUUCCAAUGAACUAGUCGAUCACACAUAAAACAGCAUGGGAUUACACUUUAGUAUGGAUACACCUCAUCCGUACACACAUCCAUCGCUAUUUCGUUCCAGCUUACUGUCGUCGUUUCAAGAGAAAUACAACACCUAGCUUUGACAAAAGGGCCAUUCUGAUGUGGCGAUUGGAAACUGGCAGUGUGGGGCGAGUUAUUUAUUGUGCCGCCAGCCGAGGUAAAUACGGCAAGUAGGCUAUCAACAGAGUCAUAAAACAACUCUGCAGGCUUGCCUUUCUCCUUUCCUCUCAUUCGCUCACCUCCUUGGCGUACGUCACGGUUAUUAGCAACCACAACAAACACACUUUGCCUCCAGGUCUUCCUGGCUUGGUUCUCAUGUGGGGAAACCAAGGAUCUGAUUACUGAUGUAUGCAGGAAUAUCUAAUUGUGCUCUCUAAUUUAGCAGAAAGUAUUCACCUGGGAUACAUAAACUAAUACCAACCUGUUACAUGAAUAUUUGUUCAGUAAAUAAGACGUGCUAUACUCCGUUAUAAGGUAAUUAUGAGGCUUAUACAAGCAAACUGAAUAGAGAGAUGAAAGAUGACUCAGAUAAGAUGAACAAAAAGGAGGCUUGAAAUAUACAAAGUGCCUCCUGUAAUCGCUCUCCGCCUUUCAGUAGCCCUCUGUGUUUUUACCCAUCCAUGCAGUUGCUGGAUCUUGGCAUGCCUCACGACACCUCAUCCUUGCCGCAUUGUGUAUAUCUUUGCGUGGCUAACACUGGGGCACCAGCCUAGCCCGUUCUGACAUGCCCAUGGCCAAGCUGUCACAACCACUAGGGUUUUCUUAAGGGAAGCGCCUUUGCCCUGUGACUGAACUUCUUAUUGUGCAUAUAUUCUUCUUUCUGUUUCAAUUCUUAUCUCCCCACCUCACUUCUGUCCUUGCUCUGUCUCAAGGUUGUUGGACCACCAGGGACUGGAAAGACAGAUGUUGCUGUUCAGAUCAUCUCGAACCUCUAUCACAACUUCCCAGAGCAAAGGACCCUCAUAGUGACACACUCCAACCAGGUAAAGUAGCCACGUUACAUUACAGAAGCAAAACGUCCACUCUUUUUGAAAAAGUUUCCCAAAACUCUGCUUUUUGGAGGAUUUAAAGCUUGUACUCAGAUCUGCCCAUUAAUCAGCUGAUAGUGAUAUUUAAACCAUAGAGGGAAAAUUAAAAUCUAAGCUCUCUUGUGCCCCGGUCUUCUCCCCUCAGUGUUUAAUCAUAAAGUAAUCUGCUGCCGUUUUACAGCAGUGGAAGCUUGCCAAAAAGAACUUCAUCCAAAACGAGCAUGGCUGAAAAGAACGAUGUCAAGUCUCACUGUGUGGAAUAGUAUCUUUUUCAAUUCCUAUUUCUAUGGAGAGAAGAAAUAUUAGAUAAGAAAUUAAGAUUACAUGAUAAUAAUUAGUUACGAACUGAAGCAAAUUUACGAGAAUUGAAAAACAAGGUGUAAGAGCAGCUUUAUAUUAAAAAGUAAUAUUACAAAUGACGUAUUAUACACCCAUUUAAAAUCUGAUCACGCUUAUGUGUCAUCAUGAUGUUUUCCACGCCAGGCUCUGAACCAGCUGUUCGAAAAGAUCAUGGCUCUAGACAUCGACGAGCGCCACCUCCUGCGUCUUGGCCACGGAGAAGAGGAGCUGGAGACUGAGAAGGACUUCAGCAGGUGAGGACAGACGGAGGGGCGCACACACACACACACACACACACACACACACACCUACACAAACACAGACUCUCAGACACUCAGACAUGUGCCUCUAAACAAACAAAAAUGUAAAUGUGGAAAUUCUGACAGCUCAAAUGAACGCAUGAGGGGAUUGGAAGAACAUUCAGCGAAUGAUUACAUGCUUAAAAUGCAUAUACAUUUCAGUUCAAUAUAAAGCACACAACGCAACUAUGUAGACCAAAGCAUCCCAGCUGCCCACACAAAUAGUGUGAGCCAACACAGUCAGAAGACUACUUGAUACUCCCAAGUGCUGAGCCAAAGAGCUGUUUUAUCUUCAUUAGGCAUCGUUGACCUCUGAAGCUUUCCUUCCACUGUAAAGGAUCUCUUCUGCAACCCUGGACUCACCAGACACUCCAUGAUUAACCCUCUUGUCACCGCUCUGAACCAGGAGGACUGACCUCACGCCCGUUAUUUGUAGCCGUUUCAAGCUUCAUAAGUUAAAAGUGGAGAGGAGCAGAAAGCUGUGCAAAGACAGGAAGAGUCAAAACAGGGGAUGAAAUAUCUGGAAAAAUAAUGAUUAGAUUGAAUAUUAUUUAAGUCAUGAAUUUUUAGAUGAUUAAGAAGUGAAAUAGGAAUCGCAACGUUGAUUUUGAUGUUGUAAUUCAGUUUUUUCAGCUAUAAGAAAACAUUGAUAAACAAACAAAUACAACCAGAGUCAUCACAAAUGUUCUCAAUGUAAUGUACAAAUAAUUGUAGUGAACAAAAUGCUGUAGUUGGAUGCAGCUUCGGUAUUGUAGCAGUUUCCCUACUGAGGCAUACAUUAGGGUUUUUAAUGAAUAAUUAAUUUACAUAAACAUGACUGAAUUAUUAAAUGAAUAAAUACAUGAAUGCACCCACAGUUUCAUGAAUAAAUACAUGAAAUAACAGGUUUUGAACAGUAUCGAAAUGUUUAUUUAACCAAGGUGAUGGAGGCUUACUUUAAACACACAGCGCUGCGAGUCCUCAUGGGGCACAGGGGGCAGGGCAGAAUAAAUGGCCUUAGACAAGAACCACCAGAGUCCUUUUAAGGAAGCCCCAGUAGUUCCCAGCUCUCUCACCCCCCCGUGUCUGUAUGAGUGUGUGUGUGUGUGCGUAAUGCCUCGAAGGAUGGUGACUCAGUCUUUACUACAGAGACACAUUGAGAUGGAAAAAGAGACUUUGGGGGUGAAUGCACUUUAAGCAUUCAUGACAGAUUUGAGAAAGGGAGAUUAUCCCGAGAUACUCCAAACAUUUACAGUUCUACAUGACUGCUGCUGUUUUUGACACGACUAUAUGAUGAAUCAGCUUGUUUUUUGUUUUGUUUUUCCUCUUUACUAUCAAAGCUUGUUAGCCAGCUCCGGAGUAUAAAUAACUCGGUGUUGAUUAAUAUUGACUAAUUUUUCAUGCUGCUACUAUUUCAGGUUCUUUAUAACCUACAUUGUUAAUUACCACCUUAUCCAUCUGUGGCACUGAGCAAAUCACACCUUAUUGCUCUUGGCAAUACUUCCAGAGGAAGAAGAGAGUGGGGAUGCAUGUCCCUCAUUUGCUAUACUCUCUGUACGACUACUCCUCAGUGUGUGUAUAUGCCUGUAAUAUGAAUAGCAGUGUGUCGAAAUGUGGGUCUGCACAUGGAAGCAGUCUGUUACAUUUCUAAAUUAUGCAGCGACACAGACAUAAAAGAAAGAGUAUUAGCUCGCAGCAUUUAAUAUGUUCCCGCCUUCUCGGCUGCCUCAAAACAACAUGCAGACUCCACACUCCCUCCACCCCGCUGACACCAGCGAGAGGAGAGAGCCAGAGAGUUUUAAUUAACGCCGUAUAAGAGACGGCAAAAUGGAAGGCAGCGCUCCUCUGAAUGCCUAACAAAGGCAAAGCUACUGCGCCAUUAAUUAACAAUGCCUCCCUGCAUUUCAUGAUGAAUUUUUAUGCCGUUUUAAUGAGGUUUCAAGGGUGCAAGUUGGUCGUGGUACAGGCUAGAUCUUCAGAGAUGUACAAGAUGUAUGCUAAAAGAGCCGGAUGGUCUCCCAGGUUCAAGUGUAGUAGCUGCUGUGGUGUGCAAGUUCAUAUAAAGGCUCUUGUUCACACCUGUGUUUCUAUUCUGGGUUUUCUGUCUCAGUAGCUGAAUACAGGUCAUCGUCCUGGGAACAAGGUCACUUCCCAUUUUUAUUUAAUUUUAUUCAGGCCAAACAGGCAGAGCGCUGUGAUUGUCUUUGAGUCAUCUGCUGACUGAGGAUCUUUGCAGAGGUUUUAAAAAUAGACCUCACCUCUAGUACGUGACCCUGUGACCCCCCUACUUCCUGUCGUCCUGUGCUGUUUGCGCUGCGUGUCUUGUUGCCGACCCGAUAAUUGCUUUGAGCAGUUUUGUUUAGCUGCACGAACGGAUGCAUGACAAACCUUAAAUGCACUCUGUAGAGAUUAAAGGACUGCCAUCCCCCCUUUUAACAGCUGUGCUCCAUAAGGUUCUAUUGACAAUAUAUUUUACAUAUUUACGACUGCUCCACGCUGCAUGUCCUCAAAUGACCCACAUCAGACAACUACAGAAAACGGUGCCACUGCAGGAAAUGACUGAGUUAAAUAAGAGAAAUUAGAAAUUCAAAGAAAUGUCAUCUCACCUGUUAGUCAUCUACAGCAGUUUGUCUGAAGUUAAAUGUAUUUAUAUCAGUCAUUUUUUUUCUUUAAAGCUUUUAAUCAUUGAGUAACUGUGCUGUGCUCUUUGUCUCCAGAUAUGGCAGGGUUAACUAUGUCCUCGCCAGAAGACUGGAGCUCCUCAGAGAGGUGGGGAGGCUACAGGAGAGUCUGGACGUCCCAGGAGACGUGUCUUACACCUGUGAGACUGCUGGACACUUCAACCUGUACCAGGUAAGACUAUAACUGGUUUUAAAUAUCUGUCUGUGAUGUACAGGGGGGAAAAAGAAUGAAAAAUAAUUGUCAAGUAAUGUUGCAAAGGCUUCUUGUAGGCAUUUAGCAUCACUUUAUUCUUAGUAUCUAUGCAUGUUGCAGGUCUAGAUAAUGGUGUUGGGGAUCUAGUUCCCUCUAAACCAACCAGUAGUCAAGUUAAACCAACUGAUCAAGCUAUGACUGUAGCUGGACUUAACUGUGCAUGUAAACUUUACUGACUGUGCACAGCAUUAAAUCAAGCAAAAAGUGAGAAAAAUGUCUAAAUAAAAUUCCUAGCUGUACAGAAAAACAACUCUCUAAAUUUUGGGAUAUUUUUGUCUUUUUCUCAGUCCUGCUGUUGGCUCAGGUAUCUUUGAAAUCUGUGUUUGGAUGUAAUUAUUGGUUUAGAGUGGGAGAUGGUUCAGGGUAAAUAGGAGGUAUGAUGCUGAAUUAAUCGAAAUAGAUUCCUGCUUUGUCCUUCCUCUCCCCAAGACAUAUCCAUGCCAAUCAAAAACAGACAAUGGUUGAGUUUCUAUUUCCAGGACUCUCAGCUUUUUUUCUUUUUGCUGCAAACAAACACCAAGAAGCAAACAAAACCCAAGCUGUUUGUACACUGUUCUCUAAGAGCGCAGGAGUUGCAGUAAAAUGUCCCUGCAGUUGUUUCUGUUGCAUUUCUAUGAUUUCUGAAUGUUCUCCUGCAAACAUUUUAAACAGUCUUGCAUGAAGAAGUGCAGAGUUUGGUUGUCAUUUUCAUUUCCAUGGGGAUCCCAGUUUAAUAUCCAGUCUGUUUUUUUUUCCUUCAAAAUCAUGUCACGGGUCAUAAGUCAAACAAUAAGAUUUAUGAGCAGUGCAGGCAUGCCAGUAAAGUAGUCUUUCCCCUGUAGUGAUGGAUUUAACUGCACCCUAAAGCAGAGAGGUGUCUGUGGAGUCAAAGCCUUAUUAAACACUUGUAUAUCAUUAUUGUUGUUACCAUAGCUCUUCUCUGGUGCUAGAGUUCAUUUUAGAUGAUGUGCAUGGUGCCAACUUUGCACCUUGCCAGAAGUUUGUCAGCUCUCUCUCUCUCUCUUUUAAACACAACUCUGUGGUGCCUCAUGAAUCUGAUGCUGCAUGCAGAUUGAAUUCUCCACCCACACUUCAUUUUAGCUGAGUUCUUGUGUUUAUUUUAGCUCUGAAAAACUUGCUGAUGGAGUCGCUCUGUGACAUUUGAAGAUGAAAAUGUCAAGAAGGAGCUGUUAGCGUGGUGAUUCUGUGACUAUGAGCAGACUGUUCCAGGGAUAGCACUUGACUGGAACCAGUAUCUAACUGGUCAGUACUGAAAUAUUGAUAAACUCCUUGACAAAGAGAGCAGCUAUUGGUUUUCAGGAAAAAGAUUACUGUGUUCUGUAGCAAUCUGGUCCUUAUUGUCUUUUAAUGAUGACAAAGCAGCCAGUUUUAGUCGAUUUCAGGUGUAGGUUCUGUUUGUAUUCUUGGUUUUAUGGUUGAUAGGACACAAAACUGGGUAAUUCACCUAGGUGUUAUAUUUGUUUAGAGGGUCACAUGAUCAAUCUCAUCAAAUAAUAAUAAACAACUUUUCAUAAAACGGCAAUACAACUUUCGGCUGGGGUGAAUGUUUUGCCGUACCGAGCUAAGGUAUGGUAGCCUGGCUGGGUCAUCUAGUUGCGUGAAUCACUUGCCGUUCCUUCCCACAACAGUGUGGACUUCGGCCAAUUGGGAGCAAGUAUUAGAAAGCAGAAAAUAACCGGGCCAAUCACUGACUGUGUUUCCACUGUUCCCCUGACAACAGUGAAAGGCAGCCCCUGAUUGGUCCAUGUGUAGAUGGUGACGUCUAACACAUGCUGCAGGACUUUUCAAAGCGCCGUUCAUUCAGAACGCUGUUAAUUCUGCAGUUGACUUUGCAAAGUCGGCAGAAAUCAUUUAUAUCCGCAGAAGAGGACGUAAAAGACAUUGUUUGCCCGCACACCUUAAAAUAUUACCAAACCUUUACUUGAUGCUUGAGAGCCCAGCAGGGAACACAGUUGUGCACUGUGAUGACGUCAGAUGUUUGUUUUUUACUUUGGGUUGUGCAAAAUGGUUGAUUAGCGCUCAUCUUAAUUCACAAUUUACUCUCCUCUUCUCAGACAGUACACGACCCCUAACCAUGUAAAGGACAAAACUAGUAUUCUACUUUUUAGUUGCGCCCUGGUGGCAAAGAUGAUUGCAAUGUGACAACUUGCCCAUGUAACAACAAGCCCUGGUCUCCCCUAUCAAUAGCUCUCAAUAUUUAAAUUUUAUGACAAUUUUUUCGCAUUAAUAAAAUCUGAUGAGCGUCCAUCUUUAAAAACUACACACGUAAACAUACAUAAAGUUUAAAUGGCGGUACGAACAGUCCCUGAUAUUUGUCCAGUCAUUAACUCGAGUCCUCCAGCAGACCCAUUAAUGUUAAAGAUGUUUUUCAUUGGGGAAUUUAUAGAACUAGGCAACCCCCGCUGUUAGCUUGUAACUGGUUUAUUAGGUGCUCAGCAGGGGCACCUGUACACAAGUGAGGCUGUCUAUUCUCAUCGGAUCAUUUAUGUGUAAUGUGAUUUCUGCCAUGGUCAGAUAAUUGCAGACAAAAUACAGCAGGCAUCAUUUAGUUGCACAGAGCCAUGCAGAACACCCACUGUGUGCUCAUACAGCAAUUGGUAAAAUUCAGAUAAGUAAAGUAGAGGCUUGUGUGGUGGGCAUGCCAGAAAAUACCUCAGUGGUAUUCUGUAUGCAGCGGCUAUAUCAAGCAAUUAAUUAACAGCAUUUAGUUAAUAUCCAUAUUUAAACUCCACAAUCCCUUAGUGUGAGCAGAUAUAGCUCUUCUGUCAAUAAUUGCUUUCAUGUUAUCCCACUGCACACAUGUUCUGGUUUUACGAGAAAAAAAGAACCUGCAUUUGUACAAGCCACGUGUGUGUUCAGAUUUACACAUCAGUGGUUUUGAAUGUCUUCUCUUUACAGGUGAUAUCUCGCUGGGAGGAGUAUAUGAGUAAAGUUAAGCCCAAACAGGGAAAGGCAGUGGAAGCAGGCGCUGUGGCCGCGCAUUUUCCCUUCCACAAGUACUUCUCCAACGCCCCCCAGCCUGUGUUCAAAGGCCGCUCGUAUGAAGAGGACAUGGACAUCGCAGAGGGCUGCUACCGCCACAUCAAGAAAAUCUUUACCCAGCUGGAGGUAAGCCUGAAAUGUGGGCACACUGAAAUGCAUUUUGUUAAAAUGCGUUUCAAAGCAAACAACACAUACGAAAGCAGAAAUAUUCAACCCACCGUAAAAACUCCCCUUUUUGUUGUCCUGAAACUCAUGCAGAAGCUUUAUCCUCGCUUUAUUUAAUGAUAGUCGCUGACUGUUUGCCUGCUGUGUGUCCAGGUGUUGACCAAUCUCCACAUCUAUGAGUAACCGUGUUUCCUCGGCUCCACAGUAAUAGGUUUUUUGCAGAUUACUGCAAUUUGUCAGACGCUCUCUGUUUUUGUGGAGGUGUCUCCUUCAGCCUCGGUCGCAUCUCUCCGGCUCUGAGUUUUAGUCAUCACCUCUCGACUUCAGCUGAGAGAGUGAAUCAUUGCGUAAGAUACUUAACAGUGCUUUACUGUUUAUUUGUAUAAAUGAUUGCUGACCCUUCUGAGAAGAUAAGUGGUACCACAAAGUGAUGGAGGCUAUUACUGCUUAUCUUUUUUUUACUCCCACUGUCGAUCUUUUUCGCUCUGUUCGGCACUCACAAACACACGGCUUGAAUGUGUUAUCAUUCCUCCUCUGCCCAUCCAGUAUUUCUAUAGGGCUAACAAUAACAUUUCAGAUUUAUGGGCGCACCAAGAAGACCUCCGAAAAGCAAUAAAGAAGUUAUUGGCUGGAGGUAAUAUCCCAACACGUGUGGUGACCUUGAUUUAUCUGGCUGGCCUCUGUAUCACUGCAUCACAGCACCUCUCCCUCCUCCCUCAGCCUCACCCAUGCUGCAGUGAAAUCUGUACACCCAUUAAGAGGUAUCGCUGUCUGUGGUGCAAGGAGAGACAAAGCAACAUUCUGCCGGAUUUGCUGAUCCAUGUGGUUUUUGAAACAUAAAGGCAGUUUGGACAGUCAGUCGUAGGAAUAUCCUGAUAAUUAUGGCAGACAGACAGAUGGACGGGGACACUGAGUGUCUCCGGGGCUCCUCCUGUAUAAACAUCUCCUGUUUCCUCCUCUGCACUCCCAUUGCUGUUGACUUUUUUUCUCUCUCUCUCUUCUCUGUGUCAGUGAAACCAUAGCAUCUUGAUUUCAUCCUUUACCACUCUGGAGCCACAGGGGUUAAAAAUAGAGCUCAUCAAUAUUGCAUGUUUUGAUUGGUUUAAUAUUAAUGCUAAAAUAGUAUCACAUCAAUUAUUUAUGCCUCUGUGCUGUCCAAGUCUACUUCUCCUGCCCUCUUUCCCUUCCUUACCCCGACACAGACACCCCCCACCCUGCUGUGUGGAUAUAAUCGAGCCAUUAUGUCUGAAUUUAAAAAAGAAACAACUUCUAUUUCUGACAAAAACUGGCUCUACUUCUCUGAUUUUAGUAAAAAUAAAAGGAGUCAUGUAAGAGAAUCUGUGCUCAAGUGCUCUCGAGGUUUUAGAAAACUACACCGGGGACUCUCCCACACAGCUGCCCUGUGGCUGACUGAUAUCUGUAGCACUGCAUCAUGGGAAAAGAGAGGACUGUGGUUCCUAAUGAAAAGAGAAAGCAGAGGGAUUAUGUUUUAAUGUGUUUGUUUAUAAUGCAGGUGGGUUUUUUAAUUCAUUUCUUACCGUCUUGUUGGGAGUAAUGAGCUGUCUUCAGGGACGAGAAGAGGAGUCGUUUAAGUGUUCGGUUUAAGCCACCGACUUUCUCGUCUUCAUGUUAUCACUGUGGGUAGACAGAGAUGUAUCGGGUGUGUAUCAGAAAAUUGAACGGUGCAGUUUUUGACUCUUAGAGGUGCAAUUAUUUCACCCUGAGUAAUCAUCUUAUCCAUCAUCUUUGACAGAAUCAUCCAUUAUUUUUCGCCUCACAACCCACCUGCACGAAUCCAAACAAAACUUUACUCAGUCAUCUUAGUUCAAAACUUUCUAUCUGAGGGUGCUGUUUUUAUUUCCUUCAAAUAGAUUUUUUUAGUAAUUAUGAUAAAGAAUUUUUCCUUACACUGGUUUCUUUUCUCUUCUCUUGAAGGAGUUCAGGGCCUUUGAGCUGCUGCGGAGUGGACUCGACCGCUCCAAGUAUCUUCUGGUGAAGGAGGCCAAAAUCAUCGCUAUGACCUGCACACACGCUGCGCUGAAACGCCAUGACCUUGUGGAGCUGGGAUUCAAGGUAGACCCUUCAAAGCUGACACAAAGACAAAGUAAUCAGACUACUAUUUGUGUAUUUACCUAAUUUUUUUGAUGAUUUCUUCAUCAGUAUGACAACAUCCUGAUGGAAGAAGCUGCUCAGAUAUUGGAGAUUGAGACCUUCAUCCCCCUUCUGUUACAGGUAACAGUCCCGUGACUCGGUCUAAAAGGUCUUAUUUAUGGCAUGCAGGCUUUAUGACCGAGGAUAUGAAACUUGCAGCUGUCUCUGCGGGGCCUCGGGUCUCUUUAAAGAUUUGAACUCAAGCCAAGUUAGAUCCUCUACUUAAGGCUCGGCCGUCUAUAUGACUUUCUCUUUUUAGGCUCUGACUGAUGGCCUCCAAACACAGUAAUGGAGCUUGUCUUUGGUAGUUGUGCCUAAUUGUCCGAGAUCGUGCUAAUGUCUGUUUGCAGAUGAGAUCAUUAAACACAUCAGCCCAUCUAACAACCUCGCCACAGAUACGCUCUUUAUCUCCCUGCGUCUCUUUGUCUAGUGAGCCACAGUCAGAGGGUGUACAUCACAGCAAAAAUGUCCGAUCCUUCCCCUCCUCUUUCCUUUGUUAAAUAACUACUACCACUCCACCCUUAUCAGCGAUUUCAGCGAUUAAAUCAGCACUUAGUGUAUCAGACUUAUCUAAGGUCAAGCUUCAAAUUAGCUACAUUUAAUGAGCAAAAUCUAGCAGCAUGGCAUACACAACUGAAACCCUACGCUGGUCAUUUAUCCUUCAAUGACUUCCUGAACUUAGAUCUUAUUUUGUGCAGGAGAUCUUGUUUCACAUUAACUAUAUAACAUAAUUCAGUUAUCAGACAAAACAAAAUUGGAUAAAGCUGAACAACAUACAACAGUAACAAAGCACUGGGAUCAGACGUGAAAAACAAGGUCAAAAAGUCAUAUUUAACUGAUUCUUGCAUUGUAUUCCUGUUUUAUAAAUAAGCAGCGUCUGAAACAGGUGUCAUCCAGAGCUUAUUUUUCUCCCGUCCUCUUCCGCAGAACCCAGAGGAUGGAUACAGCAGGCUGAAGCGUUGGAUCAUGAUUGGAGACCACCACCAGCUGCCCCCUGUUAUCAAAAACAUGGCCUUCCAGAAGUACUCUAACAUGGAGCAGUCGCUCUUCACCCGGUUUGUGCGCCUGGGAGUGCCCACCAUAGAUCUGGACGCACAGGGCCGUGCACGUGCAAGGUGUGUAACCCUGGUAGAGCUUGAAUCCAUCUCUGGUUUUCAAGAAAUAGAAAUACUCCAACUAUCACAAAAUGGGUCAUUCAUGAUAGGUCAUGAUUGUGGUUCAAUGUUUUUCUGUAUCCCGUCUUGCAGCCUGUGUAACCUGUACAACUGGCGCUAUAAACACCUGGGGAACUUGCCUCAUGUCCAGCGACUGCCUGAGUUCCAGGUGCCAAACCCUGGCCUGACAUUUGACUUCCAGCUGGUUAACGUUGAGGACUUCAACGGGGUGGGGGAAUCUGAACCCAACCCUUACUUCUACCAGGUCAGCAGAAAUAAACACCAACCCACUCACAAACGAACACGACACAGCUAGAAUAACAUCAAUUAAACUGAUUUAAACAGCAAUAGUUUGUCUAACACAGUGAGUGGUUGUUUCCAAGCACAGGUUAUACACUCCUUUACACAGAUACACACAUUUAGUUCCACCAGAGCAGAUAAAGACAUCCCUCCCCUGUCUCCAUUUCCACUGAAUCGCUUGUCGUACAGCAGUUCAUUCAUUUUUUACAUCUUAAUGGUCCAGCUACCAGUCCAUGUGAUGUAUUCAUAACCCCGCUUCGCUAACACCGGCUGCCCAGCACAGACCAGUGGGUUUGUCCUUCACACAAGGAGCCGGAUUGUGUUUCAACAUGUCAUCACUGAGGCACUCAAGACUCAAGCCUGUGUGUGGGCCGGGCCGGGGUGGGGUGGGCUAGGCUGAUAGAGGUGUGUAAAAAAAAUUAAUAAACAUUUACACUACACCAGCUGAAGGGUUUUAAUGUGACUGAAAAAUGCCUAGUAUGACACAAAGAGUGGCGAAAUCUCUGGGAAAAGUUACUUUUGCUGGAUUAUUGCUCGGUUGUUAAAAAAGUACAGAUGGUAGUGAAGUCUAGAAAGAAGUAAAUCAUUUACAGGAGACUCUGAUUUAGUUAGAAGCAGCAUGGUUAAAGAAGAUACCUUAUCUCAGUGCUGUGUGGAUGCUGCUGCUGCUGCAGUGGUCAACAGUGUGUUUGCUCAUGUCCCUGAAGCUACUUAUUGUUCUUAAAUCCAGACCAUGUGCGCCUCUCGAGGCACCAGGUCACAUGAACCUCAACUCCAUUUGCCUGUUGCCAUUUUCAGGCUCCUCAAGGGAAUUGCGAGUAUUACUCACUUUGCUAAGCACACACACAUAGACACACACGGGCACACACAAUUAUCUGCGCACACACACACACUCACACACUCACUCACAUGCAUGCACUUUCCCAGGAACCAGAAGGGAUAAAUUGGACACUAGAGAAGCAAAUGUAUCCAGUGUGGGCUGGAGGUCUGUCACAGCUGAACAAACACUGCCACAAGCCUGCUUUGCACUUAAACAGAAAUCUGUGCAGCAGUCGUGCACACAAACAUGCGCGCACACACACUGCACUCUGAAGGUCUGUUCCUGAGCCUUUGCCUCAUUUGUUAAAGCACUUUCCAUAUUGAGCCUCAGCGUCAUCGAUACUAUUUCCCAAGUUGUCAGAUGGCUCAUAAGGGGUGAGAUGCUUAUCUUAAUCCACACCCACUGUUGUUAGAAAAUGGCUUUUUCUCUCUCAGCCACUAGAGGCUUUUCUGCUUCACGAGCGACAUUUUAAAGUCACAUUUCAGGCUUCACUCACAUAUAGUCAAGAUUUUGAUUCUACCUUCCCUGAAGUCUUCAUGUAGCCCUCAAACUGCAAGCAUUAGAUCUGACAUCAUUGUAAUAACCUGCUAUUUUGGAGUGUUGGCAUUAGGUCAUAAUCAUACAAAAUAUGCAAAUGAGGUUGAAAGACUACAUGUCUGCUCAGAUAUAACUCCCCAGUGAGUGAGUGGGACUCCUGCAUGGUUCUUGUUCCUGCAAAUGAAUAGUGAGGAGUACUUUGUCAGUAUUGAGAUAAAGUUUCAAAUUAGAGGACUCCACCAAGGGAAUUAAAUUGAUUCUCAGUCGCAAAUGAAGUUGGGUGUUUACCUCCUUCACAUGAUGAGUUUUAGCUCUUUGUGAAACAUUUUGUAGAUACCGUUAAAUACCUUCCCCUACGCCUGCCUUAUAUAUCCAUUCAUGUGGUCAUUAGAGUGAUGGAUUUGAGCCAUUUGGAGAUAGGUAACAAGGGAGGGAGAACAAAGCCUGCCACUGUUUUUGAAGUGUUGACUUCAGUGCGGCCAGAUAGGGAGCUGUUGAUGAAGCCGCAUAAAUUAUUAUCAAAGAUGUGAGGCUGCCAUCCAGACUUAAUUGAAACCGGAUGAAUUAUGCAUCCUGCUGGCUUCUUUUUAUUUAUUUAAUUAUUUUUUGGGUCACACUCGAAGGGCAGAGUUUAGCCAGAGUCGGAGCUUGGACGCACAUGCUGGAGAGUUUGUUGUUUUUUAACUAGAUAAAUGAUGAGUGUUAGCCUUUUAAUGAUCACAUUUGGAGAUGGCAUUGUCUUGUGGGGCCUGGAAAUGUGGGUAUUUAGAUGAGAGAUCUAUAAUUAAACCAGUGUUGUGUUUCUAGUUUGUUUGAACGUAGAGAAAGUACUGAUGAAAUGAUAAGUGCUCAAAAGAGAACGCUGGUUUUGAAAAUCUGGAUGCAAUACAACCCAGAUUAGGAAGUUUAGUCCUAGCCUUGCAGCUUGUGGCGUUGCACUCAGUCUGAGGCAAUUAAUUCCAGCCCAAAUCAGAUGGCUACUCAUGUGUAAAUGAGUGGGCCCUAAUCUGGCUGUGAAGUUAAACACUUGUCGGGGGGGAAAGGGCAAAUGCAAGACGUGACAGUACAAGAGAAGGAGGCCAGCCAGGUGACAAACACAGCAGACAGCCUCACAGAAAGAAGGGUGUGAAGUAAAGCAGUAAGCCUUCAUGCUUUAAUAACGACAGGGUAAAUUUACAGACAUACAUUUUGUCUCUUUAACUGUUUACUAUGUUGAAAAAGUAAAAUCUACAAGUGUUAAUCCUAUCUCUUUCUUCGCUCUUCUUUCAUGCACAGAACCUGGCAGAGGCCGAAUACAGCGUGGCUCUGUACAUGUACAUGCGCCUGUUGGGCUACCCCGCUGACCGCAUCAGCAUCCUCACCACCUACAAUGGACAGAAACACCUGAUCAGAGACGUCAUCAACCAGCGUUGUGCCGGAAACCCCUUCUUCGCCCAGCCUAACAAGGUAAGGACACAUGCACCAGCCGACACUGACCGACCUGUGCGUGAAGAUAUGGAUGUAAAAUAAAGGGUAUGUCUUAAUCCAAUCCAAUCCAAUCCAUUUUAUUUAUAUAGCACAAUUUAAGCAAACACAACGUUUACAGAGUGCUGCACAGCGAGAUAAAAAAUACAAUAAAUAACACAACGGAGGCACAAUAGAUAAGAUAAAAAUAAAUGAGAAAAACACAGUAAAAUCAAACAACAACAAAUACAAUCAAUAAAAUCAAAUAAAGGAAGUCAACCUCCUACUGGAUGUUAAAAGCCAAAGAGAAGAGGUGGGUCUUAAAACAGGCAAAGAGGAGUUCUGUCUGACGUGCUGAGGCCGGAUAUUCCAAAGUUUAGGAGCUGCAGAAGCAAAGAAGUAUCAUUUUAAUCAGGAAUCAUGUAUUGAUGUCAAACAGUUUGGGUUUAAUGUGUAAUUGGGUCAUAUUUCUGUAUUUAUAUCUUCCCAUAUUUCAGCAUUCAGUUUUAAUUAUCCAGCUGCUGAGAUGUACUCAACUAGCUCGCUAAAUCUACAUAUUUUAUGUAGUCAUAUAUGCCACACAUCAACCGCACACGCUCCUAAUAUCAUUGAAAGGCGACACAUUUCUUCCCUCCCGUCAGGAAGGAUAACAUGCUCCCAACAGACACGUUUUCACCUCAUAUUAGACGUGUGAGACUCAGAGCGGAGUAGUAGGAACAUACAUGACACACGGAACAUGCACACGUUUUUUUCACACCUCCACUUGUCGGCUGUAGUCAGUGCACCAGCCUCUUUAGCUCCGCCGCACUGAGAGGAAAAUUCACAAGUCUCAUGAGGCGCAUCAAAUAUCUGCUCUGCAUUACACAAAAGCACACACACACACACAUACAGUCGUCUUUCUCACCCUUUAAGUGAGCAUAUACAUUUUUUACUCCGUUUCCCCACAGCCCCCGCAUUGGGACUUGACGUAUCUCCUCAUUUGAAGCGUUUGCAGGAGAAAAAAAUCGAUACAGCAUAGUAUCGCGAUAUUUUGUCUGGUGAUAUAUCGUAUUGUCUCAUCUAAGUAUCGAUUUUUUUCAAAUAAAUUGUUAAUAUCAAGUCAAAUCUAUGAUAAUUGAAAAAUAAAGUCAACUGUUUGUCCAGAGAGGUUGGCAGAGGUGACAUCAUAGAGCAGGAGAAAUUUCGUACAACAAUUAUAUAUGUAUAAGAUUUGCAAGAUAUGCUACAUGAAAAUAAAAUACUGUGUAAAUAAGGCAAACAUAAAGUAAAGACAAAUGCUAAAUUAGCUAAACAGUUGAAAAAAACUGUGUAAAUGGCAAUAUAUUGUAUCCUAAUACUCACUGUAUUGCAAACUGUUAAAAAUUGCACUAAUAUAAUAUCGUAGCAUGAUUCCCACCCCUGAAAUUUAUAAGUUUGAUGCUCACAGAUUAAAAGAUUUCCCGUGGAGUCCUGUGGUAUUAGUUUACGGGUGAAAAUGUGCCUCACUGUGUUUAUUUUAGUUGUUUACCCGUAGACUCAUUUCAACCUCUUAGUGAUACAAGCUAUAACAUCACUAAACCCUGUCGGGGCCCAAGGAGAAGGGUUUGUUUUUCUCUUUGGCUUUUAUUGUCCCCAUCAAAUCAUGAGACCAUGAAGACUGCUGCAGGUCAUAAGACCUAAGUAGAUCAGGUCACGUUGUGCUAUCUGUCCCUAACAGUUUGCAUACCAGCCCACAGCAUACCUCUGUAAAUCAAACCCACUGAGGUGUGUAGAGGUGGAAAGGAUUUGAGUGUGCAUAAUUUUCGAGGGGGUGUAAACUUAGUGUAGCGCUCAUCCCUGCAGAAUUGUGUUACAUUGUCUCCAUCCAGCCCACAGUUUUUCUCAAUGCCUUUGUCUCUUUUCUCUCUUGUCUUCCCUCACACUGUGUUCAGUCAGCAGCCCGUUGGCACAGUUUUCCAUCCGUUUUCUGUUUGCUCCGCUAAACGCUUUCAGCCUCAGGUUAUGCUUUUACUCGGUCUACCAUUCUUUUCCCCAACCCACAUAAGCGCACCUUUCUUCGGCUUCCACUCUUUCAGCUUUUUACACACUUUACAAUGACAGCCGGUUUAGGUAUGGGGGACAAAGUUGCAAGAAUUGAGUGCGUUUGCAUAUCUCUAGUUGGUUGGAUUGUCAGUGUGCCACGACAACAGAAGGUGCCAGAUUGUGUUGAGAUAUUUUCAAUAUUUUCUCUCUUUCUGCUACGGUUUGAAUGGUAAGCCAGAGUUUCUCCCUGCUGGCCAAUUAAAUUUGAGCAUAGCAGGUCUGUUGUUAAGCCCAAACAUACUGUAUAGAGAGGUUCAUUUUUUUGUAUUGUGGGAGAGAAAUUGUGGGGAGAGAGAGCGCUGCAGUUCUACUCAUACAAGCAACAAUUAUCCUUGAAAGGGCAAAAAAAGUUGCUAAGUUUCUGCAUCUUUUGGUAAUUACCAGUUUUAAGACCAAAUUAGAAAAACGCUUGAUCAUUAGAGCAGUUUUUUGUUACAAUUAGGGAUGUCCCAAUAGGAUAUUGAUAUCGGAUAUCGGUCCAAUAUCAGCAAAAAAAAAAAACAAAUAUCGGUUCAUAUUGGCAUGUAUCUAAAAUCUCUGAUACCAGCACUCAAGAUUAGGCAUGUGCCGGUAUGAAAAAUUUGAUAUCACGAUAUUGGUGGCCCAAGAAAUCUCGAUUCACGAUAUUAUCACGAUAUUAGCGCAUUGCUUUCAACGUUAUUAAAAAUGGCAAAAAACUGCUAAAUCACUUCUCUGUGCACAGCAUGACACGCACAAACAAUAUGAGCAAGAGGCAGCUAACACGACAUUGAGAGCAUUAGCUCUUUGGAGCUAAAGUUAGCAGAAACGUCACUAAUGUUGUCAAUAAUAAGCAGUAGAGUAGUUGAUUUGGGCGAAUGAUGCUGGAUGGUUUUCACGGAGGUGGGCACGUAGGUUUGAAGUGUUAGACAACGGCGCUGCAACUUCCUGACAGCAUAACCUGCAGAUUGGUGUCAGGUUUACCUGCUCCGUCUGUUAUGUGAAGCCGUAAAACGUCCAUACUGCCGACGAAACCUUUUUAAUAGGAGGAUACAGCCGAGGCGUUUCCUCAUUCUUAGUCUCCGACUGUUCUUGGUCCGGUGUUAUGCCGUAGAAUGCACCCCUGAUGGGAGUGCGGUUGAAAGUACAUAACAAGGCCAAAUAAUCCAAGUUUUCCACACUGUUGGGUGGAUUCAGAAGCGUGUGCCUUUAAUGAUUUCAUUCAGACUAUUCAGAUAAGCCAAAAACAAUAGCCCACAUGAGCAGAUGAGAAACAAAUUUACUGCUAGAUCGUCCUCUUUGUGAGAUUUUCUAUCCUCUUUCACACGAGGCUACAAUAAAAAUCCACCUGUUUCUGCUUGUUAAUUUUCUGGCAGCUUUUUAAGCAGAAGGGAGUGGAUCGUUUAGAUUUUUGCGCCCUGUCACUGGGUUUGUGUUCAGUGCUGUGCCAUGCCACCUUGCUGCUUUGUCUUCAACUUUAUGUCACAUACUGACAUCUUGCCAGAAAUUGUGCUUGCUCAUGUAAAACGUCCCGCAAUGUUAGGACAUGAAGCGUCAGUCAUUGUGCUCAUGGGCUUAGUCAGAAUGCAUGCCAAGUAAUAAAGUGACUGGGGUGACAGGCUGCUAGAUUCGCUGAAAAAGAAAGACGCCCAAAGAGGGAGAGGGAGAUGAAAAAGAAAGCAGAGGGGCUCUUGUGGGUAAAAUGCUGAGCAGCUGAAAGGUCACGGCGCUGGGCUUCGGGUCCUCAGUGUGUCUGACAAUAUGUCAAAAUGGCUGAAACCAAGCAGAUGUCACCAGCCAGACCAUUUUACAGCUAUUAUGAUAAUUAGACAGAAAAGGAGAGUUCGGCCAACAACAUGAAAACACACCAGCCUAAGUUACUGUGUGUAGUUAAAUAGUUUACAUCUCAUAUUAAAUAUUGAUCUAUUACUAAGAUAAUAUUUAGCCUUGGAAUAUUGGAGAUGUUUAGAUUUUGUCAGCCUUGAGAAUUUCUCCUAAAAAUUGGAUAAUCCGGCACUCUAAAUUCUGCAGAUUCCAGGGGGUAAUUGCCAUUAAAUAAACAUGGCAGACAGGAUAACGUGACCGAGGCAGAGGGAGAGGUCCAAGCUUGACCAUAGGCCAGGAGACAGGACGACAUUGUCUGAGUGAUGAUAAGCAGGAGGGCAAGAUGGAGGAAAGAGGAAACUGAGCGAAUGACUUCAAACUGCACCGAAAUGUAGGAAGUGUUUACAUGUGGAUGAAUAUGUGGCUGUGAGCCUAUUCUGAUCAGGUUUGUUUCCGUGUAUCCACAGACUUGCAUGUGUGCCGCAAUGACAUGACCUCUGUAAUUCACUCCCUUGAAGAUUCCUCAUAAAUAACUAAACACCAUGCAAAAUGCUACGCCUUGGGGAGAUUCUCUAUCUGGGCUUCAUUGUCACUGUCUGUGAGCUAAGAAUAACUCACUCACUCUGAAGCAGCCCCCUGUCUGCAAAAACAAGUGGCACUAUUUUGGUUUUAACCGCGCAUUUAAAGCAUCUCGCACGGCUGUAGCCUCCUGAAACAAAGGCUUCGUCGGAGUGUGUCUGUGUCAGGCAGAUUUUUGUAAACAUGCGCACACAUGCACACACGGCACGGCUGCUCCGACUUGAACAUACAGCCUGCACAGCUUCAUGCUACUGUGAAAGCGACAUAUUGUUGCCUCUGGUGCUGCACCUGUUCUACAUAGCAACAGGGAGACGUAAAUAAAUAUUGGUCUACUACAUCAGUGGCUCUUCCUCAUUUAGAUGAUCACACACUUUUUUCACCCCUCAGACCUUUCUUCUAACACCAAAAAGGCUUUUUGUGGAAGGGUUUGGCACAUGGGAGUAUCUUAAAGUUGCAUUAGCUAACAAGAGGCAACCACAACAACAGGAUCAUUUAUUUAGCAUGGCUGCUUCAAAGGGUUGGUUGCUGUAGCUGUGGGUCUGUGUGGCUUUUCGGUGGUAGAUGAGGUUCUAUUGAUCCAGGGAGGAUCCUCAGAGGGGAGACUGAACUCUCUCUACUGGGCUGAAAGAAGGUUUCUCCUUUUAUCAUCAUAGUCAUACUUUUAUAGUAAAUGUUUAUCACUCAACGCUAUAGGCCAAUACUGAUAUUGAUCCAAUAUUAGCACAAAAUUGUGCAUGGCAAGUUUUUCACUCAGCUGCAACAUCUUUUUCAGACUGAAACAAAAAAUACUGCCACAAGGCCGACAUCACUUUUCCUCCUUGCUACUUUGUUAGUACCUUAGUCCACACUGUUGUUGUGAUUUUGUGGGCUCAGCUUGCUGGAUCAGGGCGCUGCAAGAUAGAGGUGCCAGAGUGGAGUCUGGAAUGGACUGUUUGUUUUGGAGUCCUGAGAUUUUAGAUGCAGGCCGAUAUAAUCUGAUAUUCAUUUUUUUGCUGAUAGCAGACCGAUAUCUGAUAUCAGUAUCAUAUCGUGACACCUGUACCCAACACUGAUUUAAUCUCUUACUACAUUUAGUCUUGAUGAAAGUAACCAUGCUAACUCAAACACUACACCACCACCUUGCCUUAUUGCUCUGCCUCAGUGUAAAAAGAGGUGUAAAUUAGGGCUGGGAUGAAACAGUUGAAUGAUUAUGAAUGUCUGCUGACUAUUCCAGAAACAGAUUUUCCCCAAAAAAUACACAUCCCAUGUAAGUCAGUUUUUAAGAUUUAUUCUUAAAUUGGAAAAAAAAAAAAAAAAAAUCGAUCAUUGAAUAUAAAAAACGAUUUGAAAAUUGUAAAACAAAACCUCACAAUACUUUUGUGAAUCGAUUUUUUUUCUCCCACCCCUAGUGAGUGUAAACAUUCCCCCAUAAAUUGGCGGUAUAUACAGAAAGAGCCUUCUACCUGCUAGUGCAAAAUGUCUGGCGGUGAACUUAUAAUUCAAACCCCUUAGUGAGAACUCUCCAUGUAAACCUCACCAUGUGUUGUGAAAGUACAGGCUGUAUAAGCAGCUUGAUAUAAAAACAGCAUUACUGUACGAGUUUUGGUUUUAGUGUCUCUUAACUCACUGUGAAGUUCCAAGUGUGAGUGCAGCAUGAUGUCUUUAUGAUGUAAGGUGUUGCAGCACUGACAAAGUCAAAACACAGCUUUGCUCUUCAUGUACUGGAAUGAAAAACGCGUCUCAGCGAGACAGGAUUACCAGGGCAUAAAAGCAAAUUGGCUGACAAGGGUCCCCUCAGAGAGACACUUCUCCCAGAAAGUAAUCUCUGAUCCAGUCAAGCGGGGUGGCCCCAAAUACCUUGGCCCUGAGUCUUCGGGGGCCCAGGUAAGAGGUUAGUGACGGCAAAUGCCCUCUAAGCCGUAUUAGCCCCUGCAGGCUGUCCAUGUGGCCCGCAGCGAUAACAGCACUAACAUGACAACACCCGCAGCAUUGUCGACUACCUCCGCUCCAAAAUAAAUCAAAAAAAGAAAGAAAAGGAUUUAAGACGGAGAGCAGCCACGCUCGUGUCUCUAAACAUUUCAGCUAAAUCCCUCCACCCACCCCUAAAUAUACACACACUCUCAUUUACUGUGCAAAAUACAUCAUCUGCCAUAGCUUAGUUGGCGUAUCUCUCUGUGUGUAUUUGUGUAUGUGUGGGACUUCUUACUUGCUGUACUAAUGAAUAUGCGCUUGUGUCUGUGCAGGUGACAACAGUGGACAGGUUCCAGGGUCAGCAGAAUGACUACAUCAUCCUCUCACUGGUCCGCACCAAAGCUGUGGGACAUCUGAGGUAAGCGGUUCAGAGCAACUCUGACGACGAUCACCAUCAGCUGCUUUUCUUCUACAAAACAUACUCGAGUAAUAGGAUCAACAACUUGGAUACACACCCUCCAGAGGGGAAAAAAAAACAACACAACAGAAACUGUAAGCACUGCACUCUCCUGAGACAGCAGCUCUCAGGAGACUCUGACUGACAGAAGUUUCCUGAAGGAAAGAACCGACAAUAACACUGCGGCGGCUGUCUCGAACCGUGUAUGAGCUUAAUUUGAGUCAGGCAGGAUAAGUGGAGCUUUAGGACAGGAACACGUCUGCGGAGUCGACUUUACUUUUUGUCCUGGUAAGGAGAGGCCAUUGUGCUCGCAUGAUUGGAGUGACACUAUUAAACAAAGAGCUGCGGUUGAUUAAAGGCACGCCAUGUAACGGUAAUUAAGAGGCACGGUGGUUAACCAAACUGCGGGGGAGUGUCUUUUUGUCUCACUGCUCCCAUUGCUGUCCUCCCGCCUUCUUAUCUCUGUGCUCCCCCUCUUCUCUUCUCCUCGCCUCCUUCCUCCUUCACUAAAUGAAUUCAUAGUGGAGCGCUCUUUCAUUUCUCAGCUUGCCAUUACAUCCUGAUGGGCUCCUCACACUCUACCCUACAUGUUUCAUAUCGGACGAUCUUGCACACUACUUAAACAUAGCAUGCUGUCCUCUGGCUGUGAUGUACAGUAGCUGCUGUGUGAAUUGCAGAGCUCUCAGCUUCAUCACAGCUGCUCUGCUGGUGCAUUCCCUCAAUUUCACAUCGGCUAUCCGGCAAAUUAGAUCCACAGCGUUCAUAACAAGUUUUACCUUUUGUAGCUAACUUCAUGCCCUCCCUCCGAACCCCAUCUGAAAUCACGGUCAGUUUUCAGCUCACAGACGAAAACUCUUCUUUGGCUCUUUUCUCAUCUGUUAGAUAAAUCUAUAAAUUCAUGUACCAGAAGUAAGAACUGCAGUGGGACACAGAGAGCGGUGCCUUAUCUUGCUGGCAGCUCCUGCUCUCCUCUCACUAUCAUUUAUUUGAUCUUGUCUUAUACUGGAUAUUGCACACUGCCUUAUCCACAUUCUCAGCCCACUCAAAGUGGGAGGGUUGUGGAAGGUUAUCAGAUGGUCUCCCUGUAACAAUGUGCUCCAACUCCAGUUAUCUGCUGAAUAAACAUCUACAUUUCUUAGUUUAUAAUGUCGUCCAGAGAAGCACUCAUUCAUCUGUUUCUGGUGAGUCUCACCUUUUCUCUGUAAAUCAUAAAUAUCAUUGAUACUUCACUCUGUUGGUAGUGCUGGUUAACAUGUAUGUCCUCCAGAAGAGAGGAGAAGAGCUUCUAUGUCAGAUGGAGCUCAGAUCUAGCAGUUUGGGUGCAUUUUACAAAGUCAGGAAACCUUAACAGGAAUCAGCUGUCGGGACAGAGUCAAGACGAGUGCUUCUGUUAUUGCUGUUUGCUCUUGUUUUACAUGCAGACAUCUGUUUAUAGAGAUGAAUAAACAGCUGUCAGAGUACCUCUAAUGGGAGGCUGGAUGUUACAGUGGACUGCGUUAUGCCUGUUUUUGCUCUCCUUAAGGACUGUUAUUCUAGUAUACAUCAACGCCUGAUAACAAUGAUGAUUAGUGAUUUAUCAAAACUACUCAAAAAUACAGACAAACCAAAGUCUGGUCCCACACAACUAGGGUUGCAAAAUCCCAGGAAUUUUCAAAGUUGGAAACUUUCCACGGGAAUUAACAGGAAUAUAUGGGAAUGAAUUAUCAUGGGGAAUAAAUCUUAAAUUAACUAAAUUGAAGGUUGGCCCUCAACAGGAAACUUUAAUAUAGUUGGGGAAAAUAUAUUGUAGCAUAAUCUUGGCUAAAACAGCCAGAUUUAAUGCAAAUACACUCCUUGCACUCACAUGCACACUGCUUACUGCAGGGCUAUUGAGGCCACACCCCCUACAUGCACUGUGCAUUCCUCCAUCACAUGCACAGUUUCUUGAAUUUUUUAAUUGAGAUUGUCCAGCUGGGGGAAAGAUGAAGAGCUCAACACCUUUUUGUACUUUUUUCAUGUUUUCUGUAUCAUUCACUAAGGCUGUGUUCACACUGCAGGUCAAUUCCGAUUUUUUAACCAUAUGUGACACAUCUGAUUUUUUCAUGUAAGUGUGAACAGUGCAAUUCUGAUUUUUUUCAAAUCCGACCCAGGCCUCUUUUGUAUGUGGAUAUAAAUCGGAUAUGUAUCCAAUGUGACUGCAGUGUGGAAUUGUGCAUCAUAACCUGCAGUGUGAACGCAGCCUAAGACUUCUAAACAGACAUGUUUGUGUAAAGUUCACACAGUCUUCCCGUUAAAAUGAAAACAGCAGAAAGAUUCCUGUUAAUCCCACCUUGGACAGAUUCGAUGAAGCCUGACUUUCAUUCAUAUCUGCUCCUCCUGACACUUCUGAAUGGUCAGCUGAGCGCUUGAAAGAGGAGCGCUUCAAUGGAUAUUCUUCUGCAGUUCAUUGUUUUUCCUCAUACUUGGAUCCCUGUGGUGCACUGCUGACUUCUACCCCACCAUCCCCCUCCUCCUCCUCCUCUUCAUCCUUUUCCUCAUCCUCUUCCUGUACUCUCCCCUUCCACUGCAUCCCUCCCCACGGCAAUCUGCUGCCGUGACAACCACAGGGGACGCAGCUGACCAUAUGACGAGCUGACCCUCGCUUUGACAGGAGAAGCAUUCCUGCUGAUGCACACAGGCACGGUCACAUGCAGAGGCACACUCUUUGACAGAUCCAGACACGCUCUGACAUGGACACACACACACACACACACACACACACACACAAACUGUAUUUACCCACUUUGCCCUGCCAUGUCACAGCACAGUCCAGGUGGGCGUCUCUCACAAGUGCCAUGUCCACAGGCGAUCAUGCGUCGUGAUUGGUUCGUUUCCUCUUGAACUCUGUCCUCAUUGGUUGUUGUAGUUUGUCUCUGUGGAAAUGUUGCUCUUUCAAGUUUUGUUUUGGGUUUGGAUUUUGUGUUUCGUCGCAGCUUCGUAUAAAUCAGAAGCUCCUGUUAACUCCCUCAUAAACCCCGCACAAUGGUCCCCAUAAGCCUUCCUUUCCUUCUACAUAUUCAUAAACUCAUCCUGCAUAUUGAAAGGAUUAAUCCACUUAAUCUUACGAAGUCGUCAGGUGGACACAUUUCACAAUCUUCUUGGCUGCAUUUCAGCACCAGUGUGAGUUGAUGUAUGUUCAUAAGUGCAUGUAAACAAACACGGACAUGUGCCAGAAUUUAGACACAUCAAACAAGACGAGUGUUUUCAGAAGCACUGAGCCAAACACUUCCUCCCUCUUCUAUCCACUUUCCUCCUCCUUCAGUGUGCUUUUGUCUCAAAGAUUUAUCGACCAGCCAAAUGGUCAGAUUUUGCACACUCUGUUGGGUCACCUAAAACACACAAUGUAAAGAUUCAUUACAUAAUGGAAGAAGUCGGAGCUCCCUCUCCCCCUUUUUAGUGAAGAAGUGCUUAUUGGCUGAAUUCUUAUAGUCCAGUAUGAUUUGUAGACGUGCACUAAGACAGAAGUGUAUUUUUAACACACUGUAGCUCUGUUUAGUUUUAUUCUAGAAUAUAAAUAUAGCAGGUAAACAACCACUUUGUCUGUGAUUAUCAAUCAAGUCCUCUCCUCCAUCUUCCAUGAAAUGACUCCUCUGUUUUAAUCUUUUAAUUCUACUAGAAGGCAGGAAAAAAGAGGCCUGUCUGCCCUCUCCUCAUCUCCCACCAUUUCCUCUCUUUGUCUCUCUGUUUUUAUCCCUGCCCUCUGCCUUUCAUGUCUUUUCUCCUCUCUUCCCUGCUAUAUCCGCCCCCCCUCACCUACUGCCGCUGAUCCCUCUCUAAACCUCUCUCCUCCUACACAGCUGUACAUUUCUGCCUCCAAAUCUGCACCUGCUUACUUCCUCUUUGAUCCUCGGCUUCUUUUUUUCGUGUUGUUGUUUUUUUUUGGUUUUACCUGACACGUGAUUACAUCUAAUGUUACAAUCUCGCACAUCCCCUUCAACCCUCUCCUAUCUCUCUGUGAUUAUUUUCCUCCUCUGGUGUCAAACCAAUUUUCAACUCCAUGUUUUUUACUCUGCAGGGAUGUGAGGCGUCUGGUGGUCGCCAUGUCAAGAGCCAGGCUGGGUCUGUACAUCUUCGCCCGGGUGUCGCUGUUCCAGAACUGCUUCGAGCUGACUCCUGCCUUCAACCAACUCACUGCCAGACCUCUGCAGCUACACAUCAGACCGCACGAGUACUACGGCCAAGAGCAGCCUGUACGUACACGCGUGCACACAUCAGAUUCUCAAAGCGCAAUCAUCUCCCACCCUGUCACAGUUGGCUGCUAAUGAAGCGAACAAGCUCCAGAUUUGCUAACAAAACCAAACUCGCUCCUUAAAACUGCUGCUCCCAUGUCAUUGCUGCCACCGUCACCUCAACCCCUGACUAAUCCCGCCUCUAUUUUCUGAAUGGCACCUUCAUUCGCUCAUUCUCUCACUAGUCCCGUGUCUUAGUGCGGCUUUACCCACAGGCCUUGGUCUGUUAGCAGCAUUCUGCAUCUGCCAUCCACAAGAAUGGAAAUCACAGACUCGGCUAUAAUUAACCCUCAGAAGGCCGAACCAGCACCCUAAAUCCCACCAGGCCGGCAUGAGACGGCUGUUGUCUGGUCACUUCAUCUCGCUGACUGGCGUGUGUGGCAACAGUUGUGUCUAAAAUACCCCACAGCCUCUGACACUUCCUCUGACUCUGGAGUGUUCAUCCCCAAGGGGGACAGGCCUGUCGGGCACACACAUGAGGCCCCUGCUUAGCCCGUCUAUCUGGAGUCAGUAAACCCCCACUGCUUUACACGCAGAUACAGAUUAAAGCUGGACUCGAGCCUGGCAACACUGGACCAGGACUUUAAGAGGCUGUUGAACAAUGCUGAUUCAGAGGCAGAUGUAAAAGUAAAAUAUAAGACUGCUGCUUAAUGUUGCGUAUAGAUAUACACACAUCUAUACAGCCGUGUUGGAAAGCAGCAGACAGACACUAAAGCUUGAUGUGUAAUCACAGUUAAUCACAGGGAAACACAUUACCGCCCUGAUGUUUUUACUGAUAGUUUAAAAGCAAUAAAGCACACACAGUUAACUUUUACUGUUGAGAAGCCUUUAGUGCGUUCACUUUGACUCAGUGCUCAAAGGGCCUCUGAGGAUCACAACCCCGGGAUUUAGGAGGAAACAGCCCUCAAGAUUGAAUAUUCUGCUCGCCUCACUCUUCAGUUUAUCCAAUAAGACUGCGUCUGCAUGCUAAUGCUGUCAAAUUACUAACUCUGCAGCCUCAAAUCCUCUGCGAGUACGUGAGCAGUUGAAGCCAAGGGCAGUCAGACAUUUGCUUUCACAUAACAAGGAGGCAGCAGGUGAAUUGUGGAUUUCUCUGCACAUUUGCAUCCGAUCAUUGGUUUGCCAGGUGGCGCCUGAAAGAAUAAACGCGAACAAGACGGAUUAAAUUCGUCAUUCUCAUUCCUCUCACGUCAUUUCCUAGAUUCAAACCUUUUUGUGUUUCCUUUCCUCAGAGAGAUGCUUCUGGACAGCCGGACCGAAUCAUCAAGGACAUGCCGGAGAUGGCCACGCUGGUGUACAAUAUGUACAUGCACAUGAUCCAGACCUCGCAGAAGUACAGACAGGUAGAAACCUGUUAACCUUAAACAGUGCAGUGCUGAUGCUCUCUCUAAUACAACAGACACAAUUUGACAUUUACAUGUUUAUAAGUUUGACAUGCAGCUAAAGCAGUAAGGUAACACCCCUAAAGAUGCAGCUCAGCUGAGCAGUAUUUCUGUCCCACUUUUAGUUUAAUUUUUUAGCAUUUAGAGAACGUGUCCUUUUUUUUUAGUACUGGCAGUACCCACCACCUCAAUUUCAGAGCACCUCUUACCAGCAUUAACUGUUGCUAGGUUACGAAAGCCACACCACUGCACUUCGGCUUCAGUCAGAAGGGAUCAGCAGGGCAUUUGCUUUAUAUUUUCUUUCGUUCAAUGUCAUUUAACAAAGGAAACAUGUAACCAAUUGAUAGAAAAAUGUAGAGACAGACAUUAGAAGUCCCGCCCCUUCUUGGCUGUGAUUGGUCAGUGAGUAAAAGUGAUAUUGAUGGGCGCCAUCGGACUAUUUUCAUCUGAGAGCAGCAACAAAAAACAGCUGACAUUAACACUGACACUGGUGUAAUUGUGCUGCGGAUGCCAAGUGCUGGAUCUGCCGAACUGUAUCCAGUUUGAAUAGCAGAUAGGUGCUGCCAGUGCAAGAAACAGCAUCUGUAGACACAGCCUCUGAUGCAGCAGUGUGACACAUUCAAUUCUGUUAAAGUGAUGCUGGGGUGAUUUUUACUGUACGGGCGGUGUCACAUCCUAAAACCAAAGAAUAACAACAAAGACUAGAUCUACGGUUGAAAUUUACUCUUCUAAAUUCUCAAUCUUAUUCUCCAAUCCUUUCCCUUUUAGCAACAGCAGAAUCUGGCUCUGCCUCCGCAGCAGUCCAAGUCAAAUGCUGCAGUCCAAAAAGCACCAGCCAGCCCAGAGGAACCACAGGAAGAUACCCCCAUGGAGCAGGAAGCCCCAGAAGGAGGGGAUGCGGAGCUGAAAUCUGAGGACACCAGCGAGAGUAAAGACAGUCAAGACACAGACAGUCAAGAAACGGAGGAGCACGCCAAGAUGCCAGAGCAUCCCGGCAGAGACAGCGACAGUGAUGGGGAGGACAGUGAAGAGGGGGAGCAACAGUAGAGAGUCUAAAUGUGGGACUACUUUGGAGUUAAAAAAACGCAAAAAUUGUCGAGGACCAAGAUGAGUGUCCCUCAUUUUGAAAACAGUGAUUUUUUUCUUUUUUUCGUACAUUUUUCUGGAGACUUUGAAUUUUGUAUCAUCAGUCCUUUUUUAAUAAAAACUGUAAAUCAUUCA